AUGCCAAUUCCAAGCAAACACAUUGGCCGCUCUCAGAGCUGGGAUGCUGCAGGAUGGUAUGAAGGCAAUUGGGAGAAUGAAAGUUCAUUCGACUACCAGAGACCUCCGGGGAGAAGGAAUUCUUUAACCUACGGUGGUGAGGGAGUUUGGUAUGAGCAGCCAACCCAAAGACCACACGAUAUCAUCUUGCCGGGAGGUGCGGAGCUGAAGCAGGAGCCAUAUCCAUACCAGGAGCCAGUUUUUCACCAAGGUCCUUUGCGGAAAGGUUCCGUCCCUGAGUUUGCUUACUACGACAGACAGCCUACGAUGUCUGCACGAAGCUCCUUGCCACCUCAGGAUUACUACAGUGACCCUUCGCUAGCUGCCAGAUCACCUAAAGAUCCACGCUACUAUAGAGACCACAUGAUUAACAGACCAUUACCGAAUUAUGGCAGAUUGGCUUGGGAUCAGAUGCAAGUCCGGUCACCUGCCCCGCAUGAAGCCAGCCGCAUGUAUAGAGAUCCAAUGACUAAGAUGGUCCCUGAGGCGCAGAGGAUUCGAAACAGAGAUCCUUCUCAUGCAAGGUAUGGUGUUGAACCUCCAAUGCCCAGGUACGGGGCAGAACCUCCAGCAUUUCUGAACCGGCCAGCUUAUAAUGACACAGUGGACAGAUCUAUAGAUGCUGCAGGCAGUAGGCAAGUUACCCCAACAUGUUUGGUAGUUGAUCCAAACUCAACGGCAGCUCCUGAUGGAAGCAUAAACCGUGGUUAUGGACCAGUCCGGGAGACGGUCGGUGCAAAAGCUCCUUAUGACAGCUGCGAAACAGCCACAACUCCUUCACAAACUCAGGUGCCUCCACCUUUCCCAGGACAAGACAUUAAAAGGAAUGUGGAUCCAGAGUUCUUGGCACUUCUGCGUUCUGAAGGAGUAUCCGAAAGCACGCUCAAUGCCUUGCUGCAGCAGGGAUUUGAUUCUCCAAGCAUGCUGGCGAUGAUGGAGGAGAAUGACAUAAAAUCAGUUGCUCCGAAUCUAGGGCAAGCGAGAGUGCUUUCUAGAAUUGCCCAUAUUUACAAAGCAGAGAUGCAGAUGCAGAGGCAGGAAAGGAAAAGCACCAUCAUCCGUCCCAGACACAGGUCUAACAGCUUUAGUCACCGAAGCGAAUUGCUCCAGAAUGAGUAUGCGAUGCACCCAGCCACCAGCCCAAUGGCAGAUGGUGCAGUGAUGCACCCACCUGCAGCUGCUUCUAUGCAGCCCGUGUCGCCAAGAGUAGCAGAAAUAACUCGCCGUCCAUCUAGUGCUCCGACACAACACCUUCUAGAAACUGCAACUUACCCUGCAUCUGGCUUGCCCCAUCAAGGUGCUCCUUUUCUUCUCAACUCUGGAUACAGUGCUUCUGGCCCGUGCAAUAUGCACACCCGACAAGCAACUGGCUAUACUGCUCCAGCUGGAAUAGCUAUGAAUGCACUGCAAACAAAUCCACACCCAAGUCCCAAAACAGCAUAUUCGACCACAUACACAGUACCCAUGGAGCUGAUGAAGCGGGAAAGGAAUCCUCCAUUGUCCCCAAUGCACAGUCCUCACAACAGCCCCCAACUCAUUCGAAAACAAGGAACCCAAAUGGAGCCCAACCUGGUGCCAGCAGGACCAAGUUUUCCAAUGCAACACUCUCCAUAUCAGAAAACCACAAGGCGCACAGGGCCACCAGUCAUUGUCUCCACCAUGGCAUCGCCUGAACCAAGUAAUUACUUUAAAGUAUAUUACUUUAUAUGGGGUUUUUUUUAGAAUUGUUGUAUUCAUGUUUAAUUACUGGGAGGGGGGAUCAGCAUACCAAUAGCCUUAGAAAUAAACUGCUAUAUAUAUAUAUAUUCUUACCUGCACCAACCCGAAGAGUCAUUAAUCUACCUGGUAUAUAAUAAAUAAUUCCAGCAUGAGGAUGCACAGUGUGACUUAAUUUAGCUUUUCUAAUUUUUUUCUUAGUUCACAGCAGAUAAAAAUGGCAACUGUGCCAAACCAUCAUUUCACAGUGACUCUUGCAGCUUCUGUUAUUUGCAAGGGACAUAAGAUUAGAUACUAAACACUUUCUAGGGCAAUUAGGCUGAAAGGUUUCAUUUUUAGACUGAUUUCCCCCAGUUGUUAUCAGCACAAGUGUGCUUUUCAGAGGAAACAGUUAGUGUUUCCUUGAUGAAAUUUAUCAAGUAACUUAUCAAGUAACUAAUGAUGUGAUCCUGGAACUCCCCAGCUUGGACAGUAAUCAUUAUUCCUUUUGGAUUGAUUUUUCUUUUUUUCCUUUCUUUUUUCAAUAAGAUUUUUCAAAUAAAACACUAUGCUGUUGAUUUCUUAUUGGAAUUACUUAUGGCUAUAGAAGCAGUUAACAAAAUAAGUCUGCAUUUAAUGCUAAAGUCAAUCAUUAACCACUAGGUAAAUAAAUACUUCGUGGUGGGGGUUAUUGGUUUCAUUUGUUACCAUGUUAUUAUUUUUGGUUUUUUUAUACUGCAAACUCAUCCUUGGAUGAAGAAUAUAGAAAUAUAGAAACUAAUUAAUUAAAAGGUGGGAAUGCUUCUCCUAAAAUUCCUUUCUUGCUGUAUACAGGUUUUACAAGCUGUAUACAGAAUACAUAAACUGAUAAGUUUCUAACAUUGAUGAAGCUAAGCACAUAUAUAUAUAUAGUCCAUGGAAUUAAAUUUGUAAUGAAAGAAAAUAACUGGCAGAUCCUUAGCAUGGGUUACAUUCAGUUAAAUCCCAGUGAAAACAUUUGCCAUCAAUGAAAUUGUAGAAAUUGCCUCAGAUUAGUAAAUUGUAUAAUUUGACUUGUGCCCAAUGCUGUGUGCAGCUACUGGGAUUAAAUCCCUUUAAAUUAAGGGGAAUUUUCUUCUAAGUAAAUGUUUUUAGGAUUGAUCUGCAUGUUUAUUGAAAGUGAGUGACUUAACAAAGGACACAAUCCAACCAUGGUGAAGCAUAUUUUAAAUCCAAUUGAUUUCAAUAGGAGAAUUAAGCAUAUACUUUAACUCAAUUCUGCUAUGAUAAAAUAAAUUUAAAAGUACUUACAUUUGGCUUGUGCCCCAAAGUGUACUAUCUAUGAGCGUGAAAACAAUGUCUGAACAAUGACAGUCAUUUUAAAGGUGGAACUGAUAAAAGUUACAAUGUUCCACUUUUGCUCUUACGCUUUUUAAAGCACAGAUUGCUCUUAGUUUAGAUUUCAUGAUGUGUGAAAUAAAUACAUAUGUAGAAAUACCUUGAAUAUAUGAGAAUGCCAUAUGUACAAAUAUAUUAGAAACAGAGUAUACUGCUUUUAAAAAUAAAUAAAUGCUUUUGAAAGAAUUUGAAGGUAGGGUUGUGAAAAUGCUUCAUUUGCUUAAAAUGAUGUUUUUAGCAAUGUUGGAAAGAAGAGCCCUUGUGACUGCCAUUUGAACUGGGCUUGGUUGUAAAUGAAAGCUUCUAAAGACUGUUCAGGUAGAACAAUUUCUGAAUGAUUUCUUGUAAACAGAUUCAGAAUUUUUCAAUUUGGGAGUAAUAAAAUGUUUUUUGGAGAGGCCAACAUUUUGUCAUAGCUGUUAUCCAGUGCAUCUUUAAUUGAUAAUCUAGUGUUCCUUCAGAAACUUCAGACAUAAUACAAAAAGCAAAUAGCGACCCUGUGCAAGUCAUACUGUAGGUAAAAGCUUCUGGUUGCUUCUGGUAGCUUGUGAGCGCAACAUUUUUCAGUAGAGCUCAUGCACUUUUAAGAUUAAGGCAGGCGUUCUUUCUAAACAUGGUGAAAAUGGUUUGAACACACAUUAUGUGCCCUGAAAACAAAUGCCUCUGAAUAUAGAUAAUAUGUCAUACACUUCAGAAUAUCUCUCUCUUUACUGCUUAGUCCUUCAUCACUCUUAUUAAGACUUCAGGGAUGCGUAUUUGGGUGGUGGUGGGGAAAUCUAUAGCUGUUUUCCCUUUUUAAUGUGUUAGUCUGUUUAUAAGACAAUACCAACAGCAUUGUUGAGAUGUGAGCAGCCUCCUUCUUGAGUCAAACAUUUUUUCUCUACAACCAAUUCAUUUGCAUGAGGAUGACAUUUGUUGCUCCAGUAAUUUCAUCUGAUAAUGGCCAGCUUGCAAAGCGGAUCUGAAAACAUAUUCCUUAAUUAUGUGUUGCUAAGCAACGAGAGGGUUUGGUCAUAAUCACAGAAAGAUUAUCUUUCUAUUGAAGUCACUGCAAAGGUUUAGCUGAAGUAGGACCUUCUGCUAAUUCCCCCCCCCUUCCAUUCUUGUUUUGUUCUGUUUCUUUUUCUGCCCAAAACAAUGAAGGAAGGUAUUUGCCCCUCUUCUUAAAAUGCAAAUUUAAUCUAGGAGUUAAGGUAAGAUCCAUUGAUUACGGAAACAUGGGUGAAAUGUAGAUCCAGGGUAUCUUAAUAAUGAAGAAAUAUAAAUCUUUAUUUUAAAACAUUUUCAAAUAAUGCUCAGGAAAGGUACUUGAACAUGCAUAUGACAUUUAAAAACACAGUUGCAAGGUCAUAGUUGGGGUGCAGAAUUGGCCAGUGGUAGAAUGCUUAUAUAUAUCUUAUAUUUACUGCUAUGAGAUGAAUGCCAAGGGAACCUUAACUUUUUUUAAGGUAUCUGAAUCACAGUGUAAAUGUUAGCUUAGGCUGCAGUCCUGUAUGGGACUUACUUCUGAGUAGAUAUAUAUAUAAGAUGACAUUGUUAGGCUCUAAUCUUACAUGCACUUAUUGAUGUGUAAACCCCCUUGAAUUCAAAGGGACUCCAAACCCUUGGGGGAGGGUGUUCGUUCCAAGGCAGGAGGAGAAGCUAGACAGAUGUGGGCUCCAAGAGAUUCCGAGCCAACCUUUCACUACCAGUGGCAGGGAUGCAUAUGGGGUAAUGGCUCUGCCCCCCAACAGCUGCCCUGCAGGGGCUUGGGUUGCUCCGUUACUUUCAAGUAAACAUGUAAAGGUUUGCACUGUUAGAUUUUCCCCUUAAAUUAAAGGGAUUUCCACUAAUCGGCUGCACUGUUGGCAUAUAAAGAUUGGUUGAAGUAUAUAGAUAUCAUAAGCUUCUAGUGAACUUGAUUUUAAAAUGUAAAGAUUUAAUUGGUAGCUUUAGUUGUAACACACCUUCUAGAGAGCAGUCCCAAUUGAACCAGAGUGAGACUUGCAUCUGCGUAAACAUACAUAAGAUUGCAUUGAUGAUAUAUAAUGGAUUGUAACUAAUUCUGUCCAUGCACAUAUAGAACAGAUGCCUGCUUAUGGACUUUUCCUCUCCCCACCCCCCAGCAGCCUCAAAAUCUGUUCCAGAGAGUUGAGGAAGAGCUGAAGUCCACCUAUGCAAGGCUGGCUUCCAUUGAAUAUCUUCAAUGAGAUGUCUUUUAAAAAUCAGUUCACUCAAUUUAUAGCUUCAUGCCUUUCAGUUUUUGCCUUUUCAGUUACAGCAAUUCAGGCUCAAGGACACUGACUUCAGCAGUAAGUUGUUAUUAUAUAUUUUGUUUAAUUAUGCAAGCCAAUGUAUCUACAACUGAGCCAGUUUCAAGGUCCUUGUAUUAAUUUAAAGAGUCCUGAAUGACUUAGGUCUAGGGCACCUCAGGGACCCUUAUUUCCCAGCUUGGCCACUGAGAUAAUCUGCAGGAGCACCACUGGUCGUUCCCUGAGUUGGCAGGGAUCAUUUGACAAAUGCAAGGAACUGAGCCUAUAGUGUAAUUGGCACAAUACUGUUGAAUACUCAGCCAAUAGAGAAUCAGCAGGUUUCAACUUUUAAAUGCCCACUGAAAACUUUUCUAUUCCAUCAGGCCUGUUCAGGUGAUUUGGAAUUCAUCUUUCCACAAUAGCUGAUUUCUGGUUUAAACUUCUUUAUGUGGUUUUGUGUACUGUUGUUGCAAACUGCUCUGAUAUAUUUUAUGAAUAGCGGUAUGGAAAUAUUUCUAUAAAUGAAUAAAAAGAUUUAUAAUAUGGCAUAGACAAGAAACUCAAGGAGUUGAUGUGAAAACUAGAGGUAGGGAAACUGGUCUAACAUCAAUCUGGGAAGGGCUCAUUCUUUCCAAGCUUUUAUUUCUGUUUCUGUUUUAAUUUUAAAAGAAAAAAGGGGUUGGGGAUUUUUUUUCUUAAAUCAUUACAAAUCUGUUCCUGCUAGCCCUUGCUUGUCUGAGCCUCCAUACCCAUUGCCUAACUCUGCAGCAGCAGCAGGCAUGUAGGUAUGGGGGGAUGUGAAUGGACAAACAAGGAGGGGAGGAAUAGGGCUACUCCUUGGGUUUUCAUUGGUCCUCAAAGCCUUACCAACACAAACUGCUUAGCUCUCAGAGCAUUUUAGUUUGUCAGGGCUGCUGGGUCCUGUAUAAUUACAAUUCUUACAAUUUUUCACCAGCAGCUUUUUGUUUGCAGUCAGGUUUUUGGGCAUCAUUGCACUUCCAUAACACUGUUGCUGCUACUGGAAGGGGAUGGGGGGCAGAUCAGAUUUGCCAAGCUUAUUUACAAGUCUAGCUGAAAUUAAAGGGAUUUGGGCUCAUAUCAUAAAAGUUAUGUUAUUGCCAGACUGGGGGAGGCUCGCUUCCCAGCCCUUCACCUCCAAUUCUGGAACUCUGCAACAUCACCUACAAAGAUGGGCUGUAAACUUAAUUCCUUUGCCAAGCAAUUCUCUCUGAAAAUGUAAAAGCUUAACCUUGCUCACCCAGCAUUGCCAACUGCUUUAAAUGCCUUUCACGUCUGCCAUAGUUUCAAGCUUUGGCUAGAAAAACACUUUGGAAAGCACACAAAAAAUAAAUAGAAUAGUCAUGAAUUUAGACUUUAAAAUAAUCUUUUAAAUUAUGAGACUUGUGACAAAGCUACAGCAGUUAGCAAUCCCACUUGUUGACAGUAAAUUUACAGUUUUCAGAUGUCUUUUCUGUCACUCAUUGAUAUGGGAUGGGGAGAUCAGGAGCACAGUUUAAUCCUACUUUGUUUUAAGCAAUUGGAGUUAGAAUAAUUCACGGUGCUCUGAGUAUACAUAACAGGAAAUGGGAUUUAAUCAAAAGUGAAAAUAGAAGCUUUCAUUCCCCUAUAACAAAUGAAGAAGGAAGUUGGGGGAGUGAGCCCUCAAGUCCAACCUUCACUGCAGCUUGUUCCUGAUUACCGAAGUGUAGUUUAUAAUUAUUAUUGUAGGAGCCAAUCCUAAGUGAUGCAAGCAAGCCAGGCCAGGUUUGAGUAAUACUACCAGCAAAAAAAGUGACGAACCUUGUCACAUUAAAUAAUAGAUGCCUCAUAACCCGUACUUGUGGAUCCUCCCUACCUAAGACUUCUGAGUUACAUUUGUGUCCAUAGUAUAUUUACAACUGAUUGGCUCAGAUUCAAAUUUGCACUUUUUAAAUUUACUUUAGUUAGUUACCUUAAUCAGAAAACUCUUUAAGCUGUGUAUAUAAUAAAUAAGAUAAAAUCGGCAAUACUUUAAAAACAACAACAAAGACAGGGAAUAGCUCUCCUUCUGCCGGACCACCAGCCUGAUAAAUAUAUAAUUACAACAUUUACAUUUGUCAUCUGGGGGCAGCCAUUCCAUCAGACUGCCUCACUGGGAGAGAUAGGAAACAGAGCUCAUUUCACUAGCUUUUCUGGAAGUCCAGCUCCAUCAGGCACUUCCUGCCCCUGAACUAUGCCAGCUGGUGACUAGAGGAACAACUGUUUAGAAAUUUGUGCCUAAAUUUUUCUUCUUCCCUCCCUGUCACUUUUCCCUUGUCUUUCAUGUAUUUUUAGAUUGCAAGCCUACAGAUAGGGACUGUCUUGUUUUAAUUGAUCAUAUGUAAGCCCUUCUGAGAGCUAGAGAGCGGGGCUUUUUUUAGGAAGCCCCCAAAAUUGGCAAAAAAUUGGGCGCCAUUUUUACACCCAAGAACCAGGACAUUUCAGGAUUUCUGACAUCUUCCUAAGAGUCUUUAUAUGCUCCUUGGGCUAAAGCAAAUAGGUGUAAUACUGCUGGCAUCUUUACCAUGGUCAAAAAAAACUGGGAGUAGCUUGUGGGCUGCCUUCUUCCUAUUUUCUGCGUGUUUCCUCAUCCUUUUUCUUAUAAGCUGCAACCAUGCUUGUUUACACUUGUACUUACCAAUGUUAAUGUUUGGAAACCAACUUCAAAUCUUGGUUUCAAUCGCUAAUGGAAAGUUAACUGUGGUUAAUGGUAACCAUUAUUAGUCUCAGUGCUGAUGUAAUUUGACACCACAGUUGGUUGUGCAAAGGGAAGGUAGGUUUGAAGGAAGAAUGAGGCAGCCCUAAGCCUCUUAACCAUGGUUAAGGGAUCAGUGGCAUUAUGUCUACACAGAGCUGGUGAAUGUUACUUAAUGUGCACAUCGGCUUGACAGACGAUAACCACUAGCAACCUAGUGUUAACUUGGGUAGUGCUCAUGCUUGCUGUAUCCUACAACAGAAAAAUGAAUAAUGACAAUACGGGUUUCUAAAUAAUAAUAAAAAUUGAAUGCAAAUGACUUUUCCUCACUUGAGGUGUCGAAAUGCUACUCUCACAGUGAACAAAGAGUAUGCACAAUUUCAUCUUCAUAAACCACAUGCAAUUUUAGAGACAAACAGAAUUGUCCUUGAAUUAUUUAUUUCAUCUUCCAUAUGUAAAAUUGCUUCACAAAUUUUAAUAAAUACCAAUCUUUACAGUGUCCAUGUAAUAUUUAGGAAGAUAUCUGAAACCAUUAAAUAUGUGUCUUUUGUCACUAGAAACUGUUCUCCCCAGCUAUGAAGUUUUAGCGGUGGUACAUGAGGAUGUGAAUAGGAUGUUGAUGAAAGGUGAUGAAUUAUACUACUGAAUUGUGAUUAAAUCACAAAGGUGUGAGCUUGACUCCCAUCCUGCUUUGUUCUGAGCAGGAUGCCAGCUAAAUAUUAGCACCUGUUCUUCACAUGCUUGCAUCGCAGUCAACUAUCCCUCACCAUCCUUGUCCUUACACGUUCUCCAUUUACCGUAUUUUUCGUUCUAUAGGGCGCACCGGCCCAUAGGACGCACCUCGUUUUUUGGGGGGGGAAAUGAAUAAAAAAAAUUAUUCCCCCCCCCCGCGGCUGCCGCCCCAAGCCUCGCGCGCUCGGCGGGACCUCCCACCGGGCGCGCGAGGCUUGCAGACACUCGCCCGAAGCACGGGGAGCCCUCCGGAGGGCUCCCCGGGAUUCGGGCGACAGGCUGCAGCCCCAAGCCUCGCGCGCCGCGCUCGGCGGGACCUCCCGCCGGGCGCGCAAGGCUUGCAGACACUCGCCCGAAGCACGGGAGCCCUCCGGAGGGCUCCCCAUGCUUCGGGCGACAACCUGCCGCCCCAAGCCUCGCGCGCUCGUCGGGACCUCCCGCCGGGCACGGCAAGGCUUGCAGACACUCGCCCGAGCACGGGAGCCCUCCGGAGGGCUCCCGUGCUCGGGCGACAGGCUGCAGCCCCAAGCCUCGCGCGCCGCGCUCGGCGGGACCUCCCGCCGGGCGCGCAAGGCUUGCAGACACUCGCCCGAGCACGGGAGCCCUCCGGAGGGCUCCCGUGCUUCGGGCGACAGCUGCCGCCCCAAGCCUCGCGCGCUCGGCGGGACCUCCUGCCGGGCUCGCAAGGCUUGCAGACACUCGCCCGAGCACGGGAGCCCUCCGGAGGGCUCCCGUGCUUCAGGCGACAAGCUGCCGCCCCAAGCCUCGCGCGCUCGGCGGGACCUCCUGCCGGGCGCACAAGGCUUGCGGACACUCUCCGGGGCUGCAGGCUGCUGCCUGCAAGCCUUGUGAGCCCACGGGAACUCCCACCGGGCUUGCAAGACUUGCGGAUAGCUUCCUGAAGCCUGGAGAGCGAGAGGCAUCGGUGCGCACCGAUGCCUCUCGCUCUCCAGGCUUCAGCGAAAGCCUGCAUUCGCUCCAUAGGACGCACACACAUUUCCCCUUCAUUUUUGGAGGGGAAAAAGUGCGUCCUAUGGAGCGAAAAAUACGGUAUAUAGAGAGCCACCUGCUCUAAAUCAGCCUGUUCCUCAUACAGGAAUUCCUUCUUUGGUGAGGUCUCCCUCACCAACAACUUCUAAAGAAGAUUUAAAAACAUUUCUGUACCCGGGUGGGUGAUUUUUCUUAAUGUACCUAAAGGCAGUUAUCAUCCUAGUCUAAUGCUUUAAUGACAGUAAUUCCAAACACUAAAUAUUUGUACAGUAUUUAAAAUGUUGGAACAAUUUAUCAAAAUGAAAAUUAGAACUAUUUCAUGAAAAAGUACGCUAAAUACGUAACAUUUUCCUAUUACAGAAUGUUACAUUUAACCAGUAUACUUUAUAUGAACUGUUACUUGUACCUCACAGAAAACGGCAAACAUUUGCUAUGCCCAAGUGUCAGUUUACACUCCUGAAUUUCUCCAUGUGAUCAUGUAUGUGGGCACACAGACCCAAAGAGAGUUGGUUUGAACUAUGGUUUGAACGCGAUCUGGUUGGAUAGCAGGAGAAAGUGCUACCAAGGUGAUGGUAAUGCUCACUGUGUCAGCACCCUGUUCAAAUUUUCUGCAUGUGGUUAUGUGGAUAGUUCUAAAAUUACAGGUUUAUGUAUCAACCAUCCUGCCUCAUCUCCAGCAAAGUGCAUGCUAUUUGGUUCCCUAGAGAAAGGUACAUUGUGUUUACUUUCAAAUUUCCUGAGAUUUAGCAACAAUUUAAAAAUCUAUUCAUUUAUUUUGAAUAUAUUUAUCCUUCCAUUUCUGGGCUCAAGGGAGAUCACAGUAACAAAAAUAUUAAAUGCAAUCUUAAGCUAGUAAAGUCAACUGAAAGAAAACAGCACCCACCCUAUAAUAAACAAACAGCCAAAUGCCUUGUGAACCAAGAAUCCUUUUUUUUUUUUUUUGCACCCUCUUAAAACAAAACAAAACAAAACAAAACAAAACAACAGCUCUGCACUUCCCCUAGGAAGGUACUCGGGAUAAAGGCCUUGUUCCUUAAAGCGGAUGUUCUUGCUUCCCAUUGUGAGGGUAUUUGGAGCAGGGCCCAGCCUUCUGACAAUAAUUGCUGCCAGCCACAUAUGGGGAGAAGUGAUUUUAUGUUGUGAGUCCUAGGCUGUGGAGGGUCUUCAAGUUAAGCAUCUGCACCUUGCAUUCGGUGUGAAAACAAAUCAGCUGCCAGUGCUGUUGCAAAAGCUAGGAUGUUCCUAGUCACUAUUAAGAGCUAUGCAGCACCAUUUUGCACUAGCUUGCCCAUAUUGAGCAUAUUGCUAUUUCACAAUAGCUGAGAUUGUGUGCAGAGGGCUGCUUUGUGUGUACUUCAUGGCUUGGACAUGCCUGGGGGAAAUCUGCUUCUCCCACCCCCACCUCCAAAUAAACAACCCCUCGCACACUGGUUGUGUGGUUUGGGGGCUCUUGGCUCAUGUGUUCCUUUUUCCUUUCUCAUGUUGACAAAUGAAGCUGCCUACUAAAUUUUGUUUGACAUUUCUGAAUAGUUGCAUUCAGAACGCUGUCCACUGGCUGACAGGUAUGCAAUACAGGAUUGCUGCAAUCUAAACGUAAAAGUCUAAAAUAUUUGUCAGCAAACCAGAAGAGAUUAUAUGUUACAAAACUUCACAGCUCAUUUGCACUGGUGGAAAGAGCCAAACACACAGUUUGGGAGACUUCCAGUCAAUAGCAAAAUUAGUGUCCUGUCCCCACCCCAAUGAUCUAUGCUGGCUCUAGCCUUGUUCAGUGCUAACUGUGAAGAUACUUCGCAAGUGUUCAAAGUACUUCAUGUGCAUUGCCUCCUUCUUAUCCUUGAAGUUCCUCACCAUGCAUCAAAUGGCUAGGCUGUGUAUGAGGAGUCCAUUCAAGGGAGGAAAUAGUCUACUAGUGAACAGUUGCACAGGAGUUUAGAUGAGUUUGGUCCCCUUUCCUCCUUAUCAACUGAUUUGUAGAGUUUUAACUUUUUUGAAGUGGUUCCUUCAGAGCUGCCAUGUCUUCUCUGGAUUCUCAGUAAAUAAGUGAGCAAAUUGAAUAGCAUUCAGCACAACUAAACUUGAGGAUAUGGUAGAGGUAGCAAGCUAGCACACUGAGGAAACAACUUCUGUUUUGUCCCUUUGAGACAAUUUCAAGUUAUUCUGAGAAAUUACAGCCCACAUUUGGUGUAAGAGUACAUAGUAAUUUAUUGGCUGCCAUAUAUAUUGUUUUUAAUUAGUCACAUGAGCAGUGUUGUCAAAUGUAAAGUUAGGUCUUCGUGUUUGUCAACUAGGAAUUCAGGAAUUUUUAACACUGUGAAAAAGAAAGGAAUGUUUGAAAGAAAAUCCCUUCAAACUUCCAACAGCUGUAAUCACUUCUUUGCACGGAGGGAUUAGAAGUAUUGUUUAGGCUCACAUUUAUUUUUAUUAUUAUUAUUUUGUUAAAAUGCUUCUAUACUCGCCUUCAUCAAAGCAGUGAACAACAAAUGUAGAUCAUGAUGUGCAACAAAGAAGAAAAAUCAAUACCAUCAAAAGAAAUAAUAAAAUAACCCAAAAUAACACUUAAAAAAAAAUGCCUGUGUAGAUUAAAAUAGCUUAACCUGUGGUCUGAAAGCUUGUAAAGCAGGCACCAGCUAUGCCUCCUUAGGGAGGGCAUUCCAGAACUUAGGUGCCGCUGAUGAAAAAAACCUUUGUAAUUUUAUAGCACAGUUCCAAUAAGGAAGGUCCUUGGAGAAGGGCCUCGUCUGAAGAUCUUACGAUACAGGCAGGCUAUUAUGCUUUCUCUCCUCUUCUCUUACUAAGUGUACCAAGACGUCCCACGGUUCCCCCAAGUGGAUUUGGGGGAAGGACUCCAUUCAGAUGCAUGGUGGGAAUUCUUGGUUCAGAUGUUAUCUUCUAAGCGUCUUUUAUGAGCUACCUUAUAUGAAGAAGCAUGUGAACCCAAAGGCCACUCCCCUUUGUGUCUAGGACCCGCUGUUUAGGACCCACCACAUGCUUAGGACUGGGGUGUUAGAAGGUCACUGUAAGAUCAGUUUGUAGAGAGCAAUUUGGGAAAUGUCUUAAAUGGUUCAAGCUCCUAAACUCUGAGCGAUUCCUGGAAAGGUAACACUUAAAGUUUUGUAAAUAUGUUCUCAGUUAAAAAACACAAUGCUCCUAUAAGCACAGCUGUGUGUAGUAUAAACAUAGGACCGAUACAUGAAAGAGAAUAUCCUGUUUCAGUGAGUUUGUACAGAGCAAAUAAGGAAUUCUUAAGUUCUGUUGAGAGUAGCGAAUGAGAAAUGGGAUAUCAUGAUUGACUGACCUGUUUCUGAAACCAGAUCUUUUGGAGCUUAGUAGAAGUCUCCUUUAAGUAUAUUGUGGGUUUGAUAGAAAGCUUUCCCCUUGGGAGAUGGUGGAGGGAAGUCCUGUACGAUUGUGCCUCUUUCCUGGUUUUCCCAGCUACCCACUGGUAAGACUAAUUGCUGUUGUAGGCUACACAGUGGUGAACAAGGGUCACUUCAUUGAUUAAUAUGAUUCUUGCUCCCUUGGCACAUCUUUGAAUCUGGUUUAGUUGCAUUCUGUUUGAACAGUAAUGCUGCUAAGUGGAGAGUAACUGAGGUUCAAAGUCCGGAAAUGUAAGUUAUACCUUUCAGAGUCCUAAAUACUGGUAAUUAAUAUAAAGCACAUGAACCUACACGUCUAAGAAAUUAAAGAAUUCUGCAGAUGUUUGUCAAAGAAUCAUCAAAUUGCCUGUGCUUCUGGAAACUAAAAGAAGCACACAAUAUUUGUAUUUACAAGUUUUGUUACAUCUGCUGUAAGAAAGCAAAAGUCCAGGAGAGGCAGCUUCACAUUGGAAAGGUUUUUUUUUUUGUCAUUAUUUAAAAAAGUUUUCCACUUAAAAUACAAUAAAAGCCAAACUAAUCUUAAAAGGAAAGGAAAGAAACCAAAAAAAGAGAAAAAGAAAGAAGGAGGGGUGAGUAUAUUAAUACUAAGCUUCUUAUAUCUUUAUUCCACACACAGAAGAGUGAACUUUUGCCCAGCUCUCACCUGGAAAUCUAUGCUAUGAAUCUAUGCUAUGAAUCUAGGAUUCCUUCCAAUGGUGAAGGAAAAUUCAACCAUUUCAUUUUCCUUCACCAUUACCACCAUAAGAAAACAGGCUCAAGAUGGCCUUUAUCUGUUAUUCGCUUAUUUCGCUUAUUUGAUUUGUAUCAUUUUUGGAUUAGAGCCCCCAAAGCAGCUUAAGAUGCUCACAAAUACUACAGAAGGAGUCAUUAUGAUGGUGUGUAUUUGUCUUCCUCCUUCCCUUUCUUGGUAUUCUCACACAGAGCAGUUGGUCUUAUAUGGCCAUGGUAAACAUGAGAAUGGGGCAGUCUAGACAAAUCUGAGCUGGGUGUGUAACAGUAUUUAUUCCUGACUUCCUCCCUCUCUUAAAGCAGAUAACAAAAACAUGUGAAUUCUGAACAAAAUCCAAACCUUCCAAUGCAGACAUAUCCAGACAGCAAGAGAAACUGAGCAAGGACACAUCCAAGCAUCUCUGCUCUUUGACAAAAUGAUUGUCUACUCCUUGAUACUAAGAAAAGGAAUAAAAAAGUAGCUUCCAGAGCUUGCAGAUACACCAAAUUGAGCAUGCCAUCCCUUAACUUUCAUAAGAUUACUCCAUAUUCUGAAAGAAGCCGAUUAUCGCAGAACUCAGCUGAAAGGAUGAGUGAAAAAGUUGUGAUUGGCAACACAGGGUGGAAUUCAACUAAAUUUGACCUGUUGAAAUGAGUGAAUAUAGGUUAGGUCCAUUAAUUCCAAUAGGCAUCAACAGCUGGGCAUGCCUCCAGUUUUUGUACAGUGGUACCUUGGGUUAAGAACUUGAUUUGUUCUGGAGGUCCGUUCUUCACCUGAAACUGUUCUUAACCUGAGGCACCACUUUAGCUAAUGGGGCCUCCUGCUGCUGCCGCGCCGCCGCCGCGCGAUUUCUGUUCUCAUCCUGAAGCAAAGUUCUUAACCCGAGGUACUAUUUCUGGGUUAGCGGAGUCUGUAACCUGAAGCGUCUGUAACCCGAGGUACCAUUGUACUCAAUCUGUUGUUGCGACCUUUGGUUUCUACUUCUCCUUGGUCAUAAUUAUUAGCACAACUGUUUCUGGCAUAACUAGUUUGUGGCAUCUGCUUCUGGAAGUGCAGGGAAGAACAACACCUUUUUUAAAAGGACAUUCUGUGUCUCUGAGGAUGCCUCUGAGCAGUUUCCUAGUGGAAAGUGGCUUUGCCUCUCGUUGUAAAAGUUAUACCUGGCCUUCAUGGGGGUACUUUCUUAGCAACCACUCCCACUGGAAAGACCAUGGAUACUCUCACUGUGAUUACACCAUGGUAAGCAGUUUAGAUAUUACAACUGGGGCAGAGAUCAUUCACCAUGGGUGGCAUGUUCUUUGCAGCAUGCUGUGAAUAAAAUAAUAUAUGAUUUUGAUCAAUGGGAUAGGAUUUUGUUAUUGAGAAUGGAAGGCAACUUGUUGGUGGUAGUUAUUUAUUCAAUUUAUUUAGAAAAUUUCUUAAUCACUUUAUAUUCAAAAGAAUCUCAAAGUACUAUACAGAAAAUAGAAAUCAAAUACAGUGGAACAGGAUUUCAGAACAUUUUGCAAAUGUAGAUGUAAAUAAUUGCUGGAUUAUUUUCUAAAAUGAGUUUGAAAAGGACUAAAUUUUUUUUGCAAAAAGAUAGUAUUCAAGAAUUAUAACAACUCAAAAUAGUCAUUUAAAAGUAUGCUGUCAGAAUUGCAAGCAGCUUAUCUAGCUGACUUAACUUUACAACUAUCUGAUAUGUAAGAAUACAUGUCACUUGUAUAAAGUAAAAUCUUACAGUGCCAUGCCCAAUGGCACAAUCUAGAGAAGUUUAAAGUGUUUGUAGAGAGGGACGCAGAUGGCGCUGUGGUCUAAACCACAGAGCCUAGGGCUUGCCGAUCAGAAGGUCGGCGGUUCAAAUUCCUGCGACGGGGUAAGCUCCUGUUGCUUGGUCCCAGCUCCUGCCAACCUAGCAAUUCGAAAGCAUGUCAAGUGCAAGUAGAUAAAUAGGUACUGCUCUGGCGGGAAGGUAAACGGCGUUUCCAUGUGCUGCUCUGAUUUGAUAGAAGCGGCUUAGUCAUGCUGGCCACAUGACCCGGAAAAACUGUCUGCAGACAAAUGCCAGCUCCCUCGGCCUGUAAAGCAAGAUGAGCGCCACAACCCCAGAGUCGUCCGCGACUGGACUUAAUGGUCAGGGGUCCCUUUACUUUUAAGAGGGUAUGAACAAUAAGUAGAUUAUAUCAUAGAGUCCAUCUUUAAUGGUCAGUGUAGUCGUCUUGUAGGAAACAUUGUCUAUUGACCCUCAAGGCUGAAAAAGCCAAACUUCUCUUCAAUAUAUUUCAAGUCAGGUAAAGAAAAAGUCCCAGUUUCAAUCUGGAACAUGUUAUGACAUUUCUUUCCACUUAAAAGGUGAACAAAGAAUGAAAUAUCAUGCCAGUUGUCUAGCUUAGUUUCCACAAAGUACCCUUCAUAAGAGCUCCAAAUCCUCCUCUUACUAUAACAAGUAUUAGAGGGGGUUUUUUUCCAUAGGAGUUUUAUAUGAAAAAAAUAAUAGCUUGGAGGAGUAAACAUCACUUUGUGACAGGCUUUAGUGCUUUACUGCUUACUGGGCUUCAAGCCUGGAAGGAUUUAAAAAUCAUUAUACUUUAAGGGAAAGUUGAAGAGAAAAGAGGGAAGGGCAGGGGCUGUUCCAGCCAGCUGUUGUGAUUUAGGAAAACACUUAUAUCAACCAAAAGAAAAGUAACUGAGAUUGAGAGAGUCAGACAGCCUAGAAAUAGCCAUACCCAACAAGAUUAGGACAAAAUUAGAGCCCCAGUCUGGGUGAGCUUACUUCUCUAAUACUACAAACAUUAAUAAAGACAAAUCUUUGAUCUUCGUGGAUUGGGUUUUUUAAAAAAAUCAUCCUCCAAAACCUUUUAUUACAAAACAUUGUUCUUCAGUUUUUGAUUGAUUGCUUUGCAAUAUAAGUGGAUGGUGUAGCAUGUAAUAAUGCUUUGGCAAAUAGACACGCAAUGCAGCUGCCAGUUUUAUUCUUUAUGUUUAUUUUUUGUAAAGGAAAGUUUCUUGUUCUAAAGAAUCAAUGCAUUUUGUGGUGCAUUUCCAUAUUUAAUGUACAAGGGAAACUUGUCACCCAGGAUUACAACAAUGUUGUAGUUCAGAGGUUUUAAACCUUUUUGGGUCCACGGGUCCCUUGACCAGCUAUAUUCUUUCUGUGGCACCCCUGUGGGGCUCAGGAGCCCAGUUAUGUCACCCCUUGCCUACAGAGCCAACAGCCCCUCAUCACUUUUCGAACUCCCUCCCUUGUGGCAUGUUCUCUCCUCUCCCCUCUCCUUGGGAGUCCUCCAGGCAGCCACUGCUGCCACCCCCGGUCUCUGAGACCCCUGCUCCACAGAGAGGUGCCUCCUUACUGCCCCACAGGGGCCUGGGAAGCACCCACUGGCCAGCCCCAGAGGCACCAUUCGCCUGUGGAGCUUGUAGCCAGGGCUGCUGCAACAAAGAGCCGCUCAAGCCUUUGGGAGGCAGAGAGGCGAGUGGGCAUCAGAGAGAGGGAAGAAAAGAGGGCUCGAAGCCAGUGUUACCCGUCAUAUGUGUAGUCCGGUGGACAGCUGCCCCCCUAGAUCAAGUAAAACAAUAGAAAUAUUUAACUAACUGACCAGUCACGCUGGUUCUGCCCUCCCUAACAAAUGUCCUGCCCCCCCCCAAAGUCCUGCCUCCCCUAACAAUAAACCUGGCUACACCCAUGUUGCCCACGGCACCCCUGAACAUCAUUCACCCCAGGAUGCCAUGGCACACCAGUUGAUAAUCACUUUUGUAGUUAAUUCAUUGCUGUAGAAUGCUUUGUGGUACCUGUAAAUAGCAUAACCUUUUCCUCUUUGUUUCGUUCCUUAGGGAAGUCUUUGCUUUAUCUAGAGAUGUAAAGGCCUGGGGUAGGUGCAGAACAGGAUCCAUCCCAAUUUUUUUCAGUUUUUUCCCCAGGCCUUCGUAUCUGUAGCUUUAUUUAAGUAAUAAAACUCUUUCAGGAGCAUUAUGGGAAGUACCUAUUUUUUCCUCUCUCUGUCUCUCUCAAGAGUUUGUGGGUGUGCUUAGGUGUGGGUGUAUGCAUGAACCAGAAUUGGCCUAUUCUCCACUUAAUGAUGAAAAAACAUAAUGAUUUUUUAAAUAACCACCUUGUACCUUUUAUUUUCUAAGGUAAUUAAAAAUAACUAUUUUCUUUCAUAAUGUGUGAUUUCUGAUACUCCACAUGCUGGAUGCAUAACUUACAUAUCCAUCUACCCUUAUGUUCUGGUUUCUUCCUUUCCCCUUCCUCAAGUUUCUUAUGCAAGUUGCAAGUUUACUAGGUGUAUAUCUUAGCAAUAGAUUCUGUAAAAAUAGAAAUAGCCUGCUUCAUCUCAGCUAGGAGGAAGAGUCAUAUAGCUGGAGAAAUGAUAGAUUUCGACCACAACUCAAUGAUGUAUGAAAAACAUAAGCAUUUAUUCUACUAGUAAAAUGUUCCAUGUGUGUUAUGAAAGAUAUUGGAAGUAGAUUCUCUUGUAUUCACAUGUCCCUUCUAUGCCUGAUUUAGAUCACAACAACCCAAAAAAUAACAAUAGUGCAACUAUGCUGUGCUACAACUUACUGCUAUACCAUGUGAUGAGGCAACACAUUAGAGGACCAGUAUACUCACGAAGAGUCGGACACGACUAAACAACUAGACAACAUACAGUGGUACUUCUGGUUAAGAACUUAAUUCGUUCUGGAGAUCCAUUCUUAACAUGAAACUGUUCUUAACCUGAAGCACCACUUUAGCUAGUGGGGCCUCCUGCUGCCACCGCACAAUUUCUGUUCUCAUCCUGAGGUAAAGUUCUUAACCCAAGGUACUACUUCCGGGUUAGUGGAGUCUGUAACCUGAAGCGUUUGUAACUCGAAGCGUUUGUAACCUGAGGUACCACUGUAAUAAGAAACUUUAUUGCUUCUACUUGUAUUGAAAAGAGGUGUCAAGUGGCCAUCACAAAGCAAAAAAUCUGGUUUAUCAUAUAUAUGAAGACAAAACUGGUUUGAGACACUGAAAUUAUGUGCAGUAUGUUUGACAGCAAGUAACAUGCUAUUGCUUUUGAGGCCAACUUUUCAGGAUUUGUUGUGAGCAAAAUACUUUUUCUCAUUUCUUAAAGAAAUUCUCUUUUUAGUAGCCACAUACAGUUUUAAUUAUAUGCCCUUCUGUAAAAAUGUUAAAAACAAGAAAAAGACACAGCAUUUCAGACACCAAGGCUGGAUCUGGACACAUCAAAGAAGCGUUUCAGUUCAAAGCAUUGUAAAUUUAAACAGGGAAAACAGGUAGAGAAAACGGGACUCCAUGUCACCAUCUGGUGGCACAAUGUUAUAUCACACACACAACACAUAUGAAGAGCUUUUUCUUUACCAGUCUUGCUGAGUCCCAAGUAAGAAGCUGUUGGCCAAUGGAGUGUUUCUUUUUAUUGGAUGCAUUUUUACAUCAGCUACUGCAAGUCUACACAGAGUAAUGUUACAAGCAGCAGAAAAUGAACAAAAGUGGGCAACCUCUAUCAUCAGGUCAGCAAAAGCAUUGGUAGAAAAAAUAAUGCCUUUUGAUUGUGUGUGUAUGUUCAGAUACAUAUAGCAAAGAAUUGAAGCACGUUGCUAUUUGCUAACUGAACCUUUGACAGACUCAUUUAAGUGGUCUCUUCUUCCCAAGGUUCCCCUCAAGAGCUUCUUUCUUUCAGCUAAUGACAAAAUAGAUUGAAACACCACAGGAAAUAAUUUCUAAAAUCCUGUGCUUUGAGCCUUUAGGCAGUUUUUCGGUUGUUGGAAACAUUUAGGAAGUUUCUAUGAAUGUUGGAGCCUUCCCUUCUAAACAAGGAAAUGAAUAAAAUUUGUCAGAAUGGCUGCAGCUGUGCUACUUGCUGAGAGCACUGAAAUGGGCUUAGUGAUUAUGACCAGUUCAUUGGGGCUUUUCGUAUCAUAGCCUGACUCCAGAAGUGGGAAGGCUCUGGAUAAAAGGCAUCCUAAGGCCUUUUGAAAAUUAUAACUUUCCUAUGGGCAUAAUGUUGUCUUCUUCCUGUCUGUAUUCCUGGCACAUCUUGUAGAAAGGUUAGUUUCUGUGAUGCAUUUGGUUUGCAGACUGCUCUGGGCUGAUGUGGAACUGAAAUUAUGUAUAAAUUGCAUAAAACAGUAUUGCAUCAUUUCUCUCUUCAUUGAAAGAGCUGUAUCACGUUGACACAUAGCAAAAUGCCCUUUGUUCAAAUAAUUGGUAGAUGCAUAUGUGUCAGCAUUUAUCAGAAAUUUAUAUUACCUGGGCCUUUACUUAAGAGUGAAAAAAAAUCUGGUACUUGGACUAAAUGAUUCUAUGUGAGGUAGGUGUUCAUGUCUCUCCCUCAAUCUCCCAUUCAUAGAUAGAUAGAUAUAGAUAUAAUUCUUGCUAAAUGUAAUUACAGUGGUACCUUGGCUCUCGAAUGGCCUAGUUGUCGAACAAAUUGGCUCCCUAACGCCACAAACCCAGACGUAAGUGUUCCGGUUUGUGAACGUUUUUCGGAAGCCAAACAUCCAACAUGGCUUCCGUUUGAGUGCUGGAAGUUCCUGCAGCCAAUUGGAAGCCAUGCCUUGGUUUUUGAAUGGUUUCGGGAGUCGAACAGACUCCUGGAACGGAUUAAAUUGGAGAACCAACGUACCACUGUAAUAUUAUACUGUAAGUGUCCCUGUUUAACGAAGUCUUGUAGAGGAACUACUGCUUAUAAGCAAUUUUAGAUUACAAUUCAGAUACCCAACUUCAAAUUACAUGUCUUACGGUCAUAAAUAUGAAGGUCAUAGGUGUAUAUAAAAACCAGUUUCCUCUUCCAAAUACAUAUGCAUGAAGGAUUAGGAAAAUAUUAUGCUUCUGCUCACAUGUAUUUGGAAACAUACAUGCCACAAUUGACACAUGAAGGACUAGUUCAAGCUGUAUCACUAUGUUAAGUGAAAGUAUGCUCCCUCCACACAUCUUUUUAAUGCUGAGGUUGUGGAGGGGAUAGCACUGUGUUUCCUCCUCUAGAGUUUACUUGACAGCAGCUCCUUUCCCUGUUUUUUAAAUGAAGGAAGCAAGAUAGAGAGACACAGUCAGAAAACAGCAGAUAAUGGUUCAUCCAUGUCUCUUUCCAAGGCUUCCACUUGAAGUUUCCACUGUAUUCUGGCACUUCUUAUAUCCCAAAUGGUAGAGUUGUGCCAGCCCAUGUGCACUUUCUCCUUUACAACUGAUUGAAGGUGCAUGUAACUUAUUUGGGAAUCUUAAUGUGCACACAAGAUGCUUCAGAAAAAGUGGGCUUCUGACUCUGGAUAAAAUAUGUUUGUGUGCUUAAACUUUCAUGUACAUAUAGUCUAUAUAUUUUCCCCUAUUCUAUUCUCUGAUCAUGUUUCUGUCUCUCCAUUUGUGUUGCAAGCUUAGAAUGACUGAAAUUUAGUUUAGCCAUGUGUGCAUGUGUUAAUUGAGAGUAACCUUAGGGUAUAUGGCUAGAGUUCUUAGGUUGAUAGGUGAUGGAUUUUAUUAGGGCAAUAAAAUAUAGAAAACCAUUAAGGGAAAAUGGCUUACUACAUCAGCGUAGUUCCACAUGAUUUAUAUCUUCAUAACCUUAGGCACAUCUGAAAUAUUUUCAACUGCUUCAGUAUACAUUAUUAGAUAAAUCUAUAGUGUGGUCUCACCUACAUCAGAAUUGACUUUCAUUUUCUGUGAGUGUAAAAGACAGCAGGAGUGAAAAUCAAAGAUUUUAUUGUCAUUACAUUUUAGCAUUUUAAACUGUAGCUAAUCUAUUAUUACCCUUUUGGAAGAAGCAGCAGCAGCAAUUACACAAACAAUGCCAUUUAGCAAUAAUGAGAGUUAAGAGGUAACUACCAUACACACCUGAGAAUAUUUGCACCUCAUUUAAGACUGGUAUCAACUUGUGCCAAAACCACAAGGUUAGUAGCUCAAGACACAACAUACUUACUCACCUUUUUAUGUCUAUUUGUAUACUUUUUGGUAGAGCUUUUGACCGUGGAGUUGUUUUGUUUCCAACUUUCAGUCCUGCAUGCAGGAUUUCCUUACAAGUGACACAGAGCCAUUCCAUUGCAUUAAAUAUUCCUGAAAGGGGUUUAAUCUGAAUUGUGUCUAUAUGAUUGACACUAUCUGACAUCUGUUGAUGCGAAUUUCAGAUAUACAGAUGAAAAAGGGAAACCGGGUGUGCAGAGCUGCAAAGGACUGUCAGUAUCUUAGCCUGAAGACCUAGGCUUAUGUUGUUAUAGGCUGAUAACUGGUAACUGAUUUACAUUUCCCAUGCUCAAACACUACACGGGAAACCUAACCUGCAUAGCUUAUGGAAGAUGUAUUGUAGACAAUUCCAUAUGUGAAAAACUGAGGAAUAUAAUUUCAGAAAAGUAAUCAUUUUAAGAGGAAUUGUUCUGAAGAGUGUGAUACUAUCAGAUCAUCAGAAAAGUGAAGAGAGCAUAACGAUAGCUGGCUUUUUGUGUAAUUGUGUAGCUCAAAGACUACAGGUCACCCAAGAUGCAGGGUCCCGUCCCCCCCAUUGGCCUAUGAACUACCAGCAGUAGUAAUGUAUAGUAAUAUAAACUAAUCCUAUGUUGUACUGGAAUGUAAAUUUUCACUAAGUACUGUGUAUGGAGAAUCCAACCCUAAUAAUGGUUUCAAUGGACUGAGAGAGAGGAAAUGGGCAACAGGAAAUAGCAUAGUUUGUUAGAUUGAUGGUGGUUGUGCUGAACUGUGGUAGUUAAGAAAUUUAUUUACGGCUGAGGUCGCAUUGCUAUCAAAGAACAUAACUUUAUAAAAUUCUAAGAAUAUAUUAAUAAAUACAAUCCAGUGACUCUGGAAUUUAAGACCCUUAGAGAUCAAUGGACUUGUUAUUAAAGUCAAUUGAUUUCAAGGGGUCUUCCCCACCCAGGGGCCUCCCUAGUAAAACAUUGCCAGCAUUCCCUAUGUCUUUUCUAAUUGAAAGAAAGUCCCUACAGAAUCUACAGUACAUAUGGGAUUGCUGUUUCACUUAUCAUGACAGUAACACUGAGCCACAUAAUUUUGUGUCAGGAAAGGUGAAAAGCAUGGGGUACUGAUGACAGAAACUUUCAGGUUUCUCAUCUUGAGCUUGUUGUAGUGCUUUGGAAGUUGGCAUUGUGUCUGGACUUGGAAAGCAAGGAGGCAAGACUUGGGGGGAAAAGGCCAAAAGUCACUCUUCCCUUGUUGGGCUUCAGUUCCCCAUGGGUUGUUUGCAUUGUCUCCUGAGCAAAGGGAACAGUGCCAAGCUUGUCGGAGCUGGUGUGCCCGGGCAGUGGGAGAACAUAUUUAAACUAGUGCUCUAGCCCUAUGACAAACCUGUAAAAAUCCUGUUUCCUGCACUGGUUCCAGUGGUUGUCAAUAUUGACAACAGAAUCUCUGUAAAAGGUACAGGUAAUGGCUGUCAUUAUAAUUCCAGGAACUGGUUAGAACCCUGAGUCUAAAUACUGCAGCCGGAAAUUAUCUUUGUACAUAUAUACAUCUCAAUUAAUGUGAGUACUGUGGUACAUUCUGUCUUUGCUUUUGUGGAUAUAGUUGGGAUCUGCCUGUCAACAACAGUAAUUUUUAUCUUGUUUAAAAAUAUUCCUUUGUCACACACAAACAGCACUUAAAAUAAUCUCCGCCUGGGAGAGGCAUUUUUUGCAAAUAAUAAUUUGUUGCAAACUGCAUUAUCUGUUUUGCUAGUCCCUGUUCCCCUCCCACCCCUCAUUGAACUAAUCCUACACAAUGCAGCACCACAGUUCUAUUUAAGACAAAAUCUAAUUUUCUUUGAUGGCACAUUAAGAUAAUGCCUGUCAAGGAUAUUUUAAAGCUGUGCUAUAGAGAAAGAUUGCAGUCCUGUACUCAGUUACUGACACUUAAUUCCCACUGCUUUCAGAGGGAUUUAAAUGUGUGGGACUGAGUGCAAGAUUACUGGCUAAGAUGCAAAACACAGAUAAUCUUCAGUAACUGUUUCUCUUGGGCUUCUGGAAGUGCAAGAACUGUACUUUACAUUUCUGCUGAAGCUUAUAGGCUGAGUCUGUCCAAACCCAUCCAUGCAUAUGAGACACCGAGUUGCAGUGCCAUGUUCUCAGUUUUGGUUGAGAUUUGAGAACCCAUUCAUUCAUACAUUCUUGUUCACGGCAGUGCACCCAAACCUGCAAUUCCAAAUACCCAUGAAUUGUAUUAACAAAGAUGAAAAAAAUACUAUCAGCAAAUACUUAUUAAAAUUAAAGAUGCUACAGUGUUAUCCUGGUGUGUUUCUUUAGGAGCUUAGCAGACACGUGUGUUUAUUUCCUGAUCAUCAGAAUUAAUACUUGGUAACCUGUGGACAUUGAAUAAACCUUCCUGCAAAUUAUUACAUACAAAUUAGGAUGAAUUAGGCCAUGUGAAAAUGACCUUGAUCUUACAUGCAGUGUUAUGCAUUGCCUUGCACUUGGAAUUAUUAUUAUUAUUUUAUUUGUUAAAUUUGUAUGCCACCCUAUACCUGUAGAUCUUGAGGACCUGUAGAUCUCAAGAUUAGCAGCUUUCAGGGGGCAUCAGCCUCUUACCUUGAGCAGCCUUUAAGCGGGGGUGGGGGGAACUAUUUGAGACUAAAGUAUUCAGUCUAGUUGUGAAUUUACUGUUGACCAUUCUGAUUUAAGCUACUGGAGAGUAUGUGUUUGGAACUUAACUCACAAAUAAUUCCAUACGACACUACCAAACUCAGCCAUCAUCACAGCACAAAGCAAUCCUUUUGGAGCAUUGCCUUAUUUUCGUGUCCAGUAUAUUGGAUUAAGCAACAGGUAAAUAGCCAUGUCCUAAAGCCAAUCAGUAUAUAAGUCUUGAAAGUGGUUGGCUAUCAGUUGAGGAGAAAAAUUGGUCUGAUUUGCAAAGAAAAAGGGAAUGCUAUAAGUAGAUGACGCUAAAAUGGACAUUGAGUCGGAGCUUAAAAUAAUCUUCUAGCUGGUAGCACAUAUUAAGUUCCAAGGGUUCUGUGUGACUGCACACUGGACUACAUGUUUUAAAAUUGUACUCUACUUCUCUUUGUGCCUUUGCUUGUUUCCUCGAUUGGUUUACAUUCAUGCUGUUUGGUUUGCACUGAAACAAAGCUGUUGGUGGAAAGUGUUCAUUUUAUACCACUUUGGGUGGAGAAGAUUGUUUACAGCAUGUUAAAUAAAACAAACAUGGACAGUUCCAUAUUGCCUUCAGCUAUGUUAAUUAUAGUGUAUUCACAGUUUUUUUUACCACAAGCUGAGAAGCUAUGCUUGAUUUUCCCUCUUCCCCCUACUCCCACCAGCAAACCAGAAUCGGUUUUUAUUAUUGGGGAGAGAUAAUUAAGUUCUAGCUUCAAGCAUAUUGGUUGGAUCCAGAGAAAAGGCUGUAGAAGUGGAUUGGCAGAAGCUGACUUUCCUGUUCCCUCCUGAACCUGACAGCUCCCCCCCCCAAAAAAAAGAACUUCCAAGGUUCAGGGGGCACUUACUGAAUGCAAUGGGCCUGUUGCACAGGAGGCUGAGUGGGAAAGGACACUUCCAGAAAGAUGUGAACAUAGCUUCCACUCGUGGGAGUUGCCUCCAAUUUUCAGCCUGACCCAUUCAGCAGGGUCCUGUGGCCCUAGGGAGAGGAAGUUCUGGUGAAGGAAAGUCAUUUUCCACAAGUCUUCUUCUGCAGGCUUUUCUCUGGAUCGAAUCCAUCAUGAUGAGGCUGAAAUCUUAGCUGCAGCCAACAUUAUUUUCCUUUUUAAUGAAUAAAGGAGAAGGAGAAAUUGUGGGUUGUUAAAUCUUUGGUAAUUUGAUAUUCUGUUUGUUGCCUCUUCUCUGCCUUCCCAGCAUUCAGACCACAAAAAAAGAACUUCUCUUCCUUUAAGGACUCUGAAGGUGAACAACAGUCCAGCAAGCGCAAGAUGGUUUCUCCCCUCCUUCCAAUACUGAAACAUAAUGAAAGAAGCCACACCUGUGGAACUUCGGUCUAAUCAUUCGCUAUGUGGAAAACCCAUUCCUCUUUUUUUUAUAUAAGAUAUUUAUUGAGAUUUUCAAAAUGUUACAAAAUAAAAAUAAUAAUAAUAAUAAAAGAAAAUACAAAAUAAAAAUGGUUAACAAAGUAAACAAAGAGAGAAACAAACCCUUCCAACAAUACGAAUACAAAUUCAAAAUAAGAAAAAAAACAGAAAAAAACAAAAAUACACCACAAACAUUUAAAAACAUUUAAAAACAAAUUCAUUAUUCUCAAAUCCUCAACUGUCAUUUCCUUCUUUCUUUGACCUCCUCCUCCUCCCUUUCUUUGUAUCCUAGUUAUUAAUUAUCCCAGCAAAUCCUUUCCAUAUUUCAUAAUAUUCUGUCGUUACAUUACCUUAAACUGUUUUAAUCUUAUCUUUUUAUAAAAAAAACCCUUAAAACUUAAAGCUUAAAUCUUAUCCUUGCCAACUUCUCGUAACCAUAAUAUUCUUUCAUAAUUCUUUAAGCAUCUUCACUAAAGCCGAGUAAUUUCAUUCCAACAUUUUUCUAACAUUCAUCAAUUUUAUAAAACAGUCCUAAUAGUAAAAAAAAGAAAUACAAACAGAUCCAAUCUUCAUCCAGCGUCCCUUCCUCCUGGUCCCGGGUUUUGUCAGUCCUUAUUAUCCCGUCGAUCUAGCGCAUUAACCUGGCAACCUUAUAUCCGAGGCCCUCAAGUCUCUUCCAUGUCCCUUCCGCAGCUCUUCUUCAUAUUUGAAACUGUAUUUUCCCUUGUCUCCUGCUCGUGGUAACUCAAGCUUGACAAUAUUUUUGACCCUUCUCGACAGAUCAGCCCCUUUUCCAUAUUCAACACUAAAUUCCAUGUGAUAUUUAAAAACAUGUUUCAAAAACCCUCCAAGAUUAAGAGCCCCCACCAUCCCAAACAUCUCACGGCCCAUUGCCAGAUUUGAAAAGUCCAAACAUCCCAGCAUAGGGGGGGUCAAUCCAGCCCCCCAUUUCCAAGCCAAACCAAACUUUUUCUUUCCAAAUCUGGCUUUUUCCAAGUUCAUUUGUCAAAUCCGAAAGCUCAUAUUCCUCUUGGGCCUGUUCUGUCAGGACACACUCCUGAUUUAAUUCCUGGGUGGGCUCCACAUAUUUUCCCACUGCCUGUUCAAAAUUUCUAGUCGAAGUUGCCAUCAAAUUCAUCUUCUCAUGUAACUGUUCCAGUAGGGCAUUUGUUUUAUAGAAAGCGCACAACAGAGCUUCUGAAUACAUUGUCCUGCAAGGUCAAAUGUCUGUUCCCACGAUUGUAAUCUGUAACAGCUGCCGGCUCCCUGGAAUUGGUUACAGUUUCACAGUCUCCCUCUAGGGGGAAAGCUUCUAUUUGUUCUUGCAACAAAGUUUCCCUUUUUGAGAUAUUUUGUCAAUAUUUGUUCCUUUAAAAUGCGAAAGGAAACAGUGGAAUCACUAUGUUUCUCUUCUUUUAGCUAUCUGUCAAAAACGUUUGUCUCUGGUCAAUGAGCUUCAAACGUCAGUCCUGACACCCCGCUCCAGGAUCAGGAUGGUGGAAAGUUACUUUACUUUAAACUCACUUUAAACAGUCCGGAAAAGAUCCCCCUUCUUCUCCUGCUGUCAAAGGGGGGUUCCACAAUUUUAAAUGAUGAAAUCCAAUCCUUUAAAGGCGAUUUUCUAAGAUCUAGUUUACGUUGUCUUUGCUUUAUUCUGUCUACAAAAGAACGGAAGGCUGACUUCCUGUUUAGACCUUACCAUUCAGUACCAAAUUGAAAUAAAUUUUUAAAUCCAAUUCCUUUCUGCUCGCAAGUCCUUAUUUAAGGUCCAGUUGUUCAAAGUUUAAGUACUCACGGGUGCUUAUUUUAGAGUCCAAAUUGUCCCAGGAAAAAGGCAGCGCUCUCCGGCAACGGCUAUGCGGCUUCGCUCCACGGAAAUAGCAGUUGACUCACAGCACCGUGCCACUUCCCCCUCUUCACUUCGGAGCCCGUUAAUGGAUUCCUUUGCGAGUGGGGGGGGGCACUAAAGGUGCCCGCCGAGUCCCAUGGUCACAGGCUUCAUCCGCCUGUGAUUUUUAAAAGGGUCCCCGCUUCGCCGUAGCGGAGAAGACCCGUUUCCCGCGGAGCUAGUCCCUCCAGUUCAGAGGGAGUCCGCCAUUGCCGAUGGCGCCACCCCGGAAGUCCCGAAAGGCCGAAAACCCAUUCCUCUUUCUCCCCCCCCUUCCUGUCUUGCCCUACUUCAUCAAGCCAACAUCUGCCUAAUGAUUGCCAUUUUUGCACAUUGUUACUCUUCAGAUGUUUGGCAGAUUGAAUAAAAUUUGGCCAUGGAAUGGUUUAAUGUUAAUACUGAUCUGGUGCUGCUAUUAGCCAUAUGGAUGUAAGGAUCAUGAGAUCAUGUCUGCUUCAAAUUAUACUCCAUUUAUUAUUCCUUUAUUAUUGUUGUUAUGUUAGAGUAGAAUUUGCUGGGAAAGCUAUUAUCAGCUUCUUGAACUGCUGAAAAUUGUUUCCCUUAUCUUUAUAUAUGUCAAAAAGACCACAUGCAGUUGGAACCAAUUCCUUUCUGGUUUUAACCAACAGAACCACUCAAUCUAGGUCAGAAUAAAUGUCAUAACGUGACAAAUAUGUCCUGCAUUUAAGCUAUAAUCCUAGGUACAAUUAGGUAGUUAAAAUCUUAUUGAAACAACGAGAUGCAGAUAAUGGAACUGGGCAUACUAUUAGAACCCUAUAUAUUUUUUCCUACUAUGGUGAGAUUAAGUGAGGGAUUCUGAAUUUUCGCUAUGCUGUUAUAAAGCCUACUAUUAUUAUCUUACAGAUAAACAAUAGUAUAGAAUAGCGAUUUUACAAUCCAUUGGAUUCAGCUUACUCAAAACACACUUAAAGAUUGACUCAAGGGAGAAAAUAGCUACAUUCAAUAGAACAUCCAAACUCCUUCAGAAUAAACUGCACAAGCAGAUAACGGGUAGGUUAGUCUUAUUUCUCCUUUUUAUGAUCCUCCUAUCUGAAAAGAAUAUCACAGGCAGCUGCAGUUUGGGGAUUCAAAAUGCUGUGCUGGGUUUCCUGUUCUUCAUAUGGCUUCCUUAGUUCCACCUCACUAUCCCUAUGACACUGUGGGCCACAGGAUCCUUACUAAUAUUUUCUGCCACUUCUUGUGCAGGGGGUGAGGUCUGCCCUCUUGAAUAUUCCCACUUUGCUCUGCCUUACAUUGGACUUCAAACAUGAUCAUCUCAGUGGAGUCAUUGGAUAGAGAGGGCAGCAACCACACAUACAGCCCCCUUACAGCUGCUUUUCCUUCCUCUCCCUCACACAUCUUCCUUUCUUACUUCCUGACAGUCCGAUUCUGGUUCCUUGUGCCACCCCCACCCCCUAAGUAUUCUCUCCCUCCCACCCUGGGAAUAUCUAGUAAACUAAAGUCAUGUGAUAUUGUUGCACUGCAUGUUUACACUUCCUGUGCCACACUUUUUCAUUGACUGUCUUUAUGAGGAGGGGAAAACUUGCAACACAGUUAUAUCAUAACUGUCCCCUUUCAUGUUAACCACAUAAAGUGGGCUGCAUGACCUUGACACAUUGCAUGUGAAUUUUUGGAAAGGGGGAGACGAAAAAGAUAAAAAUCAGUUAAAACUAACCAUAAAAUCAAAUAGCUUACUUAAAAUGCUUGCUGAGAGAAAACCUCUUUGAUAUGUUUUGCUAGUUUGAAAAAUACAUUUUCCCUAGUUUCUAAUCCUGCUUUGCAGAGUUUGCACAGACCAUACUUUGCUCAUUCAGACAAAUGCAGCAAACUAUGGUUUGCUACUAAGUGGGAAAGAGUUGGUGUAUCACAAACAGGAUUGUGGUGUGGGAGGGGUGGGGAGGCAGGAAGCACACCUGAGGCUCCUUAAAGGCUCACAAAUUGAACUAGGGCAGUGUCUAUCCCAUGUUCUGUUGUAACCAAUUAUGUUAGUGGAGCCUAAUUUUCAAAAGGAGUAAUGGGACUUUGAAAUCCUAGGGCUAUUCAACCAGACCAGAUGAUCUAGCUGUUACAGAUAGACCAGGAAUCUGACCUCACUUUAAGGCUUAGUUUAAUCUACAGUUUACAUUUAGAACAUACUCUAAAGACUCAAAUGAAAAAUGAAUCUGAGUCUACAAUUUGUUCUCCAGAAGAAGACUCCCAAGAGAGUUCUCUUUCAAUUGCCUCUGAUGAUUUUUAUAUUGAAGCACAUUGAACCUUGCGCUUUUUAUUCUCCUGGAAUAAACUUUUCCUCUCAGCGCCAUCCUGAGCCUCACAUCUCACACACACACACACCCUUCUCUUGGGUUUUUCUUUUGUUCACUCUCUCCCCUCUAUCUUUUUUCAUCUUCUAACACAGCAACAUGCAAGUUUAUGGUUAAUGUUUUUGUUAAUGGCUCCUCAUGAAAAGGUGCAUUUCCACAAGCAUCUGGUGCUUUGCUAAAUGAACGUUCUCUUCUACCUGCACAUAUUGCUCAGGAACUGGAGGAUCAAAGAAUGCCUCUUUAGACUUUCAGAAGCUAAAUCUGUGUGUAUUGGUGAUCUUCCCUAGUCAAGCAGAUUGUCAGUUUUGCUUUCUGUUCUGGAAAUGCAGUAAGUAGACAAGGUCCUUUAAAUUAAUUUUUCCUCCUAAUGUUUGAUUUUUCUCUUGAAACCAGUUCUUCAGUGGCUAGAAUGAAUUAUAAGAAAUGGCAUGACAUUUGAUGCUGAAAUAGUUUUAAAAUCUGUAGCGCAUGAUACAUGUUUAAUUAUAUUCCUCCAGUGACGGAAAACGAAACAUGAGGAAAUCAUUCCCCCAAAAUCAAAAAGUAUUUGGAUCCAAUAUUUUGCUUCAUUCUUCACUGUUUUCUCUCUCCUAUAUUCUGCCCAUCAAAUAGGACUUAAAGGACAGAAGUUUAUAAAUAGUAGGACCUUGGAAUCCCAAAUUUGAGGGGGAUAUCCCAGUGUUGGAUUUAUCCAAAGCGAACCAAACUUUGAGGCUUCAAUUCCUCAGAUAGGUGUAUUUUAGUCCAGGAUGACACAUUUGUUAAUAAAUCUCUCCCAAGUUUUCCAUAAAUGGGAAAUGCCGGGCAGAUUGGGAGUAGGAGAAGAGGAGUGUAAUUCUGUGGCGGAUAACUCUUAAGCUUCCAAAGAUCUUUCUGACGUUUAGUGGACUGUGUCUGUCUUCUGAUAGCAGAAGAAAAAAAUACAUAGUCAAUGGGUUAUUCAAAUUUAAUUAAUUAAUUUCUAACCUCACUUUUUUUGCUUCAGGAGAAGUUGUGUCCAUGUCAAACCAAAGCUAAAGUUCAACCAAGGCUGUUUCCAUCCAUUCUAACACAGAACAUUGCUCUAGGACAGUCAUCCCUUCUCAUCAGUUAUCAUUAGAGUGGGGAGCGUGGAGGAACUGUCUUUUUGAGGAGGAAGUGGUCCUGCAGUGGACAGUGCCAGAGUCUGAAUUAAGCAGGGUCAAAGCAUGAGGAGAGGGGAAAGGGGCUGGAGAGAGGCUGGUGAGCCUGCCAUGGAGAUGACCUGUGGGCAGUAUCCAGCCCAUGAGCCAGAGGUUCCCACUUUUGCAUUAGAUUGUAGCUGUUUCCUUCCCUUUUCUUCCCAUCAUACUCAGCUGACUGCUAGCAACUGGACAGCCAGUUGUAUAGCUCUGCAUUCCUUGCUCUCUUGUCCCCAAAACAGCAGUUCAUUUCAUUGUGCCAGGGCAGACAGGGAGGAUAAUACGCCUUCUGUUCACAAUACUUGAUCAUCAAUUGCCUGGUGUCUUAGCUCCACUUAGUAUUAGAUGCUCAAAGCAGUUUGCAUGCAUUAUCUCAAUAAUCCUUAAAACAAACUGGUGAGCUAGCUAGCAUUAUUAGCCUAUGCUGCCGAUGAAUUUAUAAAACUUUGGUUCCAUAAACCAGAUGUGGUGAAUAUUUACACAGCUAAAAGCUGUGGCAUGCAUUUUAUUUGUCUUGGUGGGUUUCAUUUGUUAAGUUCAUGGAGUUAGCAAGGGUUCCCUCUGCUGAUCAUCCAUAUUCUUUGUGAUGCCUGAAAUAAAUGGAAAUGUCACUUGGCUACAGUGGGAAAGCACAAAAUGUGGUCUUCUCUGCAUUUCUGCAUUCCUCUAGUUGAAAGUGUUAUGAAAACGUUCAGCUUUCAAAAUGUUCUUUUUGACAUGUCGAUCCAGCACAUAUACCAUUAUUCCCAUUUCACAGAAGGAAACUGAUGUUAAAAAAUAGUGAGUACUGAUAUAGCUAAGUUGGCAUAUAUUAAACUUUUUUUUUUUUUUAGUUCAUCAAUGGAUCAUACUGUCUCUGGUGGUAGCAUUCCCAUUCCAAAAAUUAAUUUGUUGAGUUUAGGAACUGUUUAUGUGAAUAUUGUUCUGGAUCAGCAACUCCGUAGAUAGUUAUUGACCUUUCUCUUCUCUCUCAUGUUGAGAACAGCAGGGAGUUGGAUGUGGCACCACUAGAGGCUGGAUCAGCAGCGUUGUUCGUGGUUAUAGCCACUGUGGAUUUAAAUCAGCAUUUAGUAAUUAUUCUUUGUACUGCUCUUUACUUGUUUGAUGGCUUGGUAUUUCCUUAGCUGUUGUUAAUUUACCUAUCCUAGCUAAUAAAUAAUAAGCAUUCCUUAGAGGUUUAUGUGCAUGGAUCUGUGUGUGUGUGUGUGUGUGUGUGUGUGUAUUUGCUUGUUUAUUUAUUUGCUUUAACAUUUUAUUACUCCCCUCAUUUUCCCAGAAGAGAUCCCAAAGCAAUGUCCAAUAAAAUAACAAUACCAAAACCAUUAAGGCAUUAAAAGCAAAACAAAUAACAAUUCUGCAUUAAAAAUAAAGCUCAGAAAGUAUUUUAAAAACCUGACAAGGCAGGGGCAGAUAGGAAAGUUUUCAGCCAGUGCCAAAUCGGAGAGCAUCAUUUCUAGGGAGAAAGUUCCAGGAUAAUGGUUCCAUAACCAAAAAGGCUCCAUAACCAAAAACCAAAUAACCCUUAGUUGUUACCCACCUUAUUUCUACAGGACAUCUGGGGAAAUUACUGUAGCAUAAUAUAAAUUCAGGUUCAUGUGGGAAGAUGAAGCUGUACAACUUCCCGUGUUACAAGCUGCAUGUUGAAUUGUUCUUGGGAUUGGGAACUUGUGUUGCUCUUUAAAAACUGGUGUCAUGUAUCCCAUAUUCUCAAACUCAUUUGGCAAUCUAGCCACUGUGUUUUACACCAAAUCCAGUUUCCAAAUUUCUUUCAGGGACAACUCCGUGUGCAAGACAUGUCAUCCAAAAGAGAUAUUACAAGAGUCUGUGCCAUUGUGGAGAGAGGCCAUCUCUGUCCAGGAGGGUCACUGUCAAUGUUCCAGCUUAAGCUGAUGUACAUAAAGUGCUUGAGCAAUUAAUGUCAACAAUGCAUAUCAAAACUGCAAAGCAGGUCUUUCAGAGGUAGUACAUACCUGUUCAGAACAGGUUGGACACUAUAACUCAAGUCAGAACAACCCACCAACAACAUAUCCACCUUGCCUGGAUUCAGCUUCAGUUUAUGUUGGGAAUCUGAGGUGGGAUACCCACGUAGCGAAAGUUGCCCCCAGUUUCAGUCACCACACAGAGGCAGCUUAAGGUCCAAAUAGUUUACUGUUGCAGAAAAUAAGGCUUCAGCAGUACAGUUCCAGACGUCAAUAUAUACAUAACAGCUUGUAUGAGUACAGAUACAGAUACAAAUAAAUAUACAAGCAGAGCUUUUUUCAACUGAAACUUCUCUCAGGUGGGCAACAAUGCCAUUAUAAGACAACAAGGGACUCAUUCAUGGUGGAUUCUGGUACCUCUUUUUCUAGAAAAAUAACAUUGUAUACAAAUAUGAAGUAUUUCUAUUGCUCCAGCAAUUCAAGAUGACUCAAGCUUCUCAGUACUGACCCUGAUACAGUUUUUUGCUCUUAGUUCAGCAUAUUACUGAUUCCAGACACAGGGUCAGCAUCUCUACAGCUUUACCUGAAUUUGAUGAGAAGCAGGAACAUAAAAAGAUGCCUGAUACUCAGUUAGCACAGAAUCUACUACUCUGGAAGCAACACCUCUCCAGGGUUUUGGACAGGAGCCUUUUCCAGUGCUACUGGAAAUGCCAGGUACUGAACCUGCAAGCUUUUGCAUGAAAACUAUGCACUUUUCCUCCAAUCCAUAGCCCCUCCCCCAAAAGAAUAAAGAGAGAACAUAUGAAGCUGCCUUAUACCAGACUAUUUGACCAAUUAGCUUGGUGGUGUCUUCUCCAGCUAGUAGCAAUCAUCCAGGGUCCCAGACAGAAAGGUAUCCCCCAUUGUUUGUUUCCCAAUCCUUUUAACUAGAGACCCCAGGAUUGAGCAUGGGCCUAUCUUCAUGUCAAGCACAUGGAGUUAUGGUCCCUCCAUGAACUGAGUGUCAUCAGCAGACUGAUAAUCCAUUGACUACAAGAUUUUGCUUGGACCUCACUUCAGAAAAGAGCAAGAUUUUUGUCUGAAGACUGUCUGAUUUAGCUUCAAAAGGGCUGCCUUUACAGUUUGGGGAUUCUUCUUUUCUUUUUAAGAUUCACUUAACCUUCCCUAUUGUUUUAUGGUGUUUCGUUUGAAAAUAGCAUACAUGAGAGAAGUACCCCCAGAUAAAAAACCUGCCUAAUUGUAGACAAAUGGGCAGGGAUUUUGAUACUAGGCUCCUUUAAGUUCUUAUUGGGGUUGAACUAAAAGGGAUUUGCUUCUCUCCCUGUGGUUUUGUGGACAGCAAUUUCAUUAUGAAAAUAAGCAUGCAUUACCUCUAGGAAGGUAAAGUGCAGGUAUGGCAGGGGGGAUGAAUGUUUGGGGGGGAAGACAGCUUCAGUCUUGUGUUAUUUUCAUUUGGCACCAAAUGUCACAAGAACAAAGUGCAAAGCUGAUUCCACAGGAAUGGAUCUGUGGGCAUGGGGCACUGAGGCAGAAUGAUGAGGAUGCCCAACAUUUUCUAGAAACAGAAGUAGCAAAGUGGCACAGUACCUCAACAUCCUUUCCCCAAAGUCUUGGCAAAAUUAUUCCCUCUGAUUAGUCACAAAGGAGCUCUUCCUCUCCCCACCCCAACAUUAUUCUUAUAUUACAUACUUGGGGCGAAGUGUUUCAAAUUUUGCAGACAUGUGGUCUGCUCAGUUUUUUAAAAAAAACACUGGAAUCUGCAGAGCACCUCAAAAGUGCUUCAGAUGUCCUCUCUUUAGUUUGGUGUGACCUGUUUUUAGUCAGGCAAGCUUCUAAUUUGUCUGCGACAGCCCCACUUAGAUUCAGGAUUUGUCCAAACAUUUUGUACACCCCGGAUGAUAUUCAUGACAUCACUCAACAGUUUUGUGUAAAUGUUAAAUAGUGCUGGAGACAAAAUAAGAGCCCUGUGGUGCACUAUAAUAUAAUGGCUAUGGCGGCAGUAGACUUCCAUCACAAAUCCUGGAAACAGCAGGCCAAUGAGGAGUGGAACCACUGGAACACAGAAUGCCUGUUCCCCAUCCCAGAUAGCCACUCCACAAGGUUACUCUGCAGGAUACUGUGAUAAGUGGUUACAAAGGCUGCUGGGAGAGCCAGGAAAACCAGCAGAGUCAUUCUUCUGGCAAAGGUUAUCUUGUGACCAAACCCAGUCCAUGCUAAACCUAGUUCUGAAGCUGUACUGAUAGGAAUCCAGAUUAUGUGUUAUCUCAGAGUUCCUAUCUACUUAGGCACCUUGUCCAAGAAGGAUAUAUUAGUGAUUGACCAGCUGAUAGAACAAUCUUCCUUAGCAGAGGUCUCCUUCAAGCUCUUCAGAAAUGGUUACUCCUGGACUCUGGUGGUCAGCCCUGCCAUACUAGAUGAGCAGGUGGGUGGGUUGACCAAACUCUUCCAGGUGCCUUGUGCACAUCAGUGGGACUUAGCAACUGAAAUCCUUCCAGCAACACCUGAUUGCAUGAUCUAGACACAUUUACAGACUGUACUAUAGGCAACGUGGCAUUUAAAGACACUACAGAUGUAAGCAAUUUUAAACUUCAAAAUUCAUUUACAUCACAGCAGAUGGCAUAGUUAUCUAUACAUUUAGGCACAAGCUAGUUAAAGCUAACCACUUAGAAUUACAGUUGCUUUCAGUGGAAGGUUAUGCAUAAGUGUUUGCAAUGUAUUGACAAUCCAGCUUGUAUUCUGAUACCUUUCUUGCAUCCUUUGUAAUUUUCCCUUCUAGUCUGGUUCAAGUAAGAGCAGACUCUCAGCACCUGCCCAUUCCAUUUCACAUGUGGCUUUUCACAUGCCUUACAUGAAAGUGGCUUCUUCUAUAAGACAGAUUCUUCAUCCAAGACCACUGACUGUCUUUUUGUGGAGGUAUCAGAACCACUUUCAAACCUCUGGGUUAAUCACUAAGUUUUGUGCAACAUAAACCUUUCCCAUUAUUUUUAACCGUUUCAUCUCACCUCUAUGAAUUCCAUAAUACCUUUUAAAAAUUAUGAGUAUGUUUUGCUUAAUUCUUAUUAAGAGAGUGCUUGGAUAUCAUUGUGCAAGAUCCCAUAAAAAGGUAAAGGUAAAGGUACCCCUGCCCGUACGGGCCAGUCUUGGCAGACUCUAGGGUUGUGCGCCCAUCUCACUCAAGAGGCCGGGGGCCAGCGCUGUCCGGAGACACUUCCGGGUCACGUGGCCAGCGUGACAAGCUGCAUCUGGCGAGCCAGCGCAGCACACGAAAACGCCGUUUACCUUCCCACUAGUAAGCGGUCUCUAUUUAUCUACUUGCACCCGGGGGUGCUUUCGAACUGCUAGGUUGGCAGGUGCUGGGACCGAGCAACGGGAGCGCACCCCGCCGCGGGGAUUCGAACCGCCGACCUUUCGAUCGGCAAGCCCUAGGCGCUGAGGCUUUUACCCACAGCGCCACCCGCGUCCCGCGCAAGAUCCCAUACAGUGUAGUAUUUUUCUCCCCCAGAUUUCUUCCUGCCCUUCAGGUUUAGCCUCUUAACUUAUGGCCAUCUGGAUAAAGCCUUAUGGUUUCCUCAACAGCUCUCCCCAACUUACUUUUUAAAACUGUGAAAAUGUAUUGGACACUGUUGGUUCCCCUUAUAGCUCAGUUCCCAGCAGACAGAUACUGAUGUUGCAGUACUAGACCCAGUCCCUGUUCCUAGAUACUUAGCUGGCAUGUUAGUCCUGCUAACUUGAGCAUCUGUGUGGUUACUUGCAAAAUAUGUCACAUGAGUGGCAGCAGGUGUCUGGCAAAGCCUUUGUGUGUGGCCUGAAGGGUGGGGGCAUCUAUCUAAACUCCUUUUGGUGGCUGCUGUUUCUGCUGCAGCCAAAGGCAUACACCCAAAUACAUAGCCUACGUUAACAGAUCACGUUUCACUUUAAGUUGUGAAAUAACGGGGCGUGGCACAGAUUAAAUAUGUUUUUGAGAUAACUAGGAAAGUGAGGCAAAUGUACAAGUCAGUUAUUUGGGGGAAGGGAGAGGGUGACAUGUACAAACAAUUCAGAGUGCACAGUGUAAAGUUUACUUACUGUUAUUAUUUUGACCGGCACACACGUAAUUUCAUUCAAGGGCUGCCGGGGGAGUUGGGAGGGGGGACGACAAACUUUGAUUAGUUAAAAGCAGCAGUAAGGUCUGGAGGGAGUGUUCGAAAGAGUUGGGAGCCGUAGAGAGGUGACUAGAACUCCUCUAGCAAUUUCAGACUAUUCUUCUGUAGCAGGACAAAAGCCUUUUCUUUUGCUUCCCGUGUUCAAAGAGACAUUUGUCUCGAGACUUUGCAGCUGUGGCCGUGGGGAUGCUUGUUUGAAGAUACCCCCUUGUAGGCGAGAGGAGAGUCGGCACACCGAACAGUAGUGUAGUAUCUUAUACUUUUUCUCCCCCUCCCUUUCCCUCUCUUAUGCUUUUAUUUCUCCUCCUUCUACUCCUCCUCCUCCUCCUCUCUACCAUGUGCAUUUUUUAAUAAGACGAAGAAUGUGGAGGCAACGUUUUCAAGGCAAGGGGAAAUUUCCUGUUUUUCUUUCCUGUUUGUUUAAUAAAGUGUGCCAUUGACUUUUAAGAACUGCAGCGACUUUUGUUACAAGCGAGCAAUUCAAGGCAACGCUUGGCUUGCUUCUUGAUGCACUUUUUAUAUACUGCUGGAGAAGAUGUUUAAAUCCUUUCCGUUUUUUUAAAAAGAAGAAGACGGCGACGAAGAUGAAGCUGUGUGGCGUAGGCAAGUGAGAUUAAUAAGAAUUAGGCAAAUGGCUUCUUCUGCUUUUGUUUCGGUGAGACAGUACCAGCCGUCUUGCAGCCACACAAAGGCUGCCAUUUACCAGGGAGUCCUCCCUAAUUCUCUUGGCAGGGGUGCCAUUGGAAUCGGAUACAAGUGGGUGGCAAUGGGGAGGAGCUGCAAAAGAGGACAAGCAGGCUUUGUGUAUUUUUUAAAAAUGCAACAAAAGCACUUUAUACAUUGAGCUGGGUGCAACAAGCUGUGCAGCUUGUGAGUGGGAUGGAGUAGUUUUGAGAUCUCAGUGUACAUAGAAAGCCCUACCCCCCUCCUUCCUUAAAAGCUCUCCACUGAAACAUUGGCUAAACUCCACAGAGAGCUGAAAAAGCCAGAAAAUAUUUAUUGAACAAUGCUUCUGACAACUGGCUUGAUAUUUGAAAGCUUUGGAAAGAGAAAACAGACAAUCUUAAUUUUGAAAACAGUUCUGGGGCACCUUGUUGAUAUUCUGGUCAGAAAAUUGGAUUCGGUUUCCUUCCUAUUGUACACACCCUUCUUUAUUGGCACUUAGUUCCUGUUGAAUAGAAUGGUAGGCUUUUAUUCCUCUGGCCCUUUCUCUGAUUUGCUUUCUGUACAUACAAAAACAUGUAGUUUAUCAUCUCUCAUUGUUUUACUUUCUAAAAUGCUGCACUUUCUUUGAUUCAUGUCCCAGACAAAUAUGGUCUAAAAUGAUGGUUGCAGAAGCAAGAUGCAUGGUUUCACAAUAUAAACAAAGGUGAUAGAAGAAAGAGUGGCUUCCUACCUUUUUUAAUUGCUCCCUGAUUUAAGCAUUUCUACUUAGAAGAUGAAGUAAUUUGUUUUUGGUCCUUUGUGUUAUCAAUGAAGCAUUUGCUAUAGGAGCAACCAUGGUGCACUUCAUAUAUAUUUGAAACUAUUCAUUUGCUCCCCCCCCGCAAUUCUAACCCCUGGGCUUAGGUUUUGAUACAGUAUUUACAGGCAUGAAAGCCUUCAAACUAUCAUUUAUAUCUUUUAAAGAUUGGUAUAACUAGAGCUUGUAUAUCUGUGUUUGCAGGGAAGGUAUGGCAAGAGGUCAGCUAUUUUAAUCAUACUGUUAGGGCUGGGGGUCUUAACGUUGUGUUGCAUGGUUUUGGGGGCUGCAAUCAGUUCAUGCUCUGUACUGAAAAGCAAUUACUGGCACAUCCUGUUCUCCUAUUGCUCCCGUUCCAAAGUUUUGUUUCUGUCAAGUUGAAGUAAUUGAUUUCAUCCAGUUGCUCUAAGCUGGAAAGUAAGAGGGAGAAAUCUUUCUUAAAUAUUUUAGUCACAUUUCCCACUAAUGUUUAUCUUUAGUCUUUUUUUAAAAAAAAUCAAUGCAGGGGCUUGGCAUUGUUUAAAAAGCUUAGGUCAUCAGCGCUCUCAAACCUGCUAUAGGAAAGAAGGUUAUAUUUCUCUUGCCUUGCUUAAAAUCACUUAUUUAAUUGGGCAAUAAAAUUUGAGAUAACUGCCUUUGGUGCUUGGCAUUUUAUGGUUUCAAGAAGCAGGCACCGACCCUAACUGUAUUGUUGCUAGUAAAUGUUUCCUGCUUUCCUAAGGAACUAAGCUCUGAUUACAAAUUAUUGAGGAACAUAGGAAGUGAUACACAGUGUAUAAACUGGCAGCCUCAGUCUGAAGCCAUUGUCCUGGUAAGGAAUCUAGCUUCAAUUAUCCUCUGAUUUGCUUCCCCAUUCUGCCUUUGACAGUAACAAGGCGAGGCUGUCAUUAAGUGAUAUUCUCAAUCCUGGAGACUACGCACCAGAGUCAAAGUACAGUCAGAGUGCUUUAUUCAACUAGGAAGAAAGGUUAGUCGGGACAAAGCGUAGCCAUUCAGCUCUGGAUUGUAAGCCUUCCAGUUUUAUGUGACCACUCCCCCCUUUUAUCCUGGUUAUCUGCUUAGGGCAAGCUUCUUUCACUUAUCCAAAUCAUCUCAGCACUCGGCCAUGCAUACUGUGACACAGUUGCACUUCCAUCUGGAUACAAGGCUGGAAGAUGCAUCACAGUCAUACCUCUUGUUACGUUUGCUUCAGGUUAAAUCUUUUCAGGUUGCGUCCCGCGGCGACCUGGAAGUACCGGAAAGGGUUACUUCCGGGUUUCGCCGCAUGCGCAGAUGCUCAAAAUGACGCCACACGCGUGCACAGAAGUGGCGAAUCGCAACCCGCACAUGCGCAGAUGCGGGGGAAGGGAAGCCUCCCUUCGCUCUUCUUCGUGGGUGGGCUCCUUCUCCACCCACCCCACCCCCACCAACAAGGUCUCUAGGGGUUGUAAAGCAAGCCAGACCAUUUAGCAGUGACCCCAUUCAUUCCACCAGCUGGCCAUCACCCACUCCAAGCCUUGCGAAAAAUAUAAUCACCAUUACUACUACUACUGCUACUACUACUACUACCCUCCACCCAUAGAUAUCAGGGUGGCUCACAGCCUGAAACUAGGGUACUAAGCACAUGCUAAAAACUAGAACAAAGGCAAACCAAGCCAGCAACCCUCCUUCUCCCUUAUUUGUGAAACAAGCCUGUUAAUUGCCUAUCCAACUAAAAAAAAAGGCACUGAAGGUUUUUGAGAUCAAUGCAAGCUAAAAAGCAUUGCAGGGGGUUCGGCUAGAUGACCCGCAGGGUCCCUUCCAAUUCUACCUUUUUAUGAAAAACACACGCACAACCCAACUGUGGUCCCUCUGCAGUCCUCGCCCCAAACAACUGUGUGUGAGACUUGCUCCCCAGAAAGUGUGUCUUGUCUUGCUACCUGUGGUUUUUGGUCUCUUGUCAGCCCCCUCCCCCCAAUCUAUUCAUAUUCCUUUCUCCCUAAUCUCCAAUAUUACAUUUUCCUCUGGCUGAGACUUAAAACAGAAAGCCCUAAUUCCCAACUGUGUUUCUUGCUGCAGUCCUACUGUCUACUCAGAAGUAAGGUCCUAUUUGAUUCAGCAGGGCUUACUCUCAGGUAAGUGCAGUUAGAGCUGCAGCCUUUGUGACCCAGGUUUUGGGUCCUUUUUAGGUUCAGGAUGUCACUGCUUUACACCCACCCCCACCCCACCCCCCACAAUAUUCGAAAACGGCUUUGUACUUAAAUAUAAAUUGGCCGGGAACUUCAUUGUUUGUGUCUUUAUUAAUUUAUUUAAAGAACAACAAACUGGUGAUUGCUUUAACUUUUUGAUAUGUGGUGAUUUGAAUCAUGAGGAUGAAUUAGAAGAACUGCUGAGUCUUGAACGAGUCUUGCUUUGGAAUUGAGGACUUCAUUAUAUUUUCUUCUGCCUUUUCAUUUUAUUUUGUUUUAAGGGCUUGUUAGAGAUAAUAUGUAAGUGUGGUGUCAGCUCCCAAAAAAGGUCAACAACUCUGGGGAACCUUUCCUAAAAAAGGUUGACAACUCUGGGAAACGGGGGAGGGGGGCGGUGCGCCGGAGGGAUCUUUGCACCACAGCGCUGGAUAUGCUUAAGAUGGCUCUGGUCAGAAGGCCCUCAGAACUGGACCUCAGUGUCUGGGCUGAACAAUGUGGCUGGAGAGGCUUCUUCAGGUAUACUAAAUGCACAAGGCAAGAGCUGGGUUAAAUUUCUCCUUAAAUCCUCAAGCCAUAACUUCUCAAAAGCCACUCCAAUGCAUUUCAGUGCCAUAAGCACCUGUCUGCUCCCUUUUACCUCCAUUUUACUCUGCUACUUUCCACACCUGUGAACCCCUUGCUACCACUUUCCAAAUAUCUCCCUCUCAGUCAAAUUGGCCAGCAGCCCUGGAAGGCAGUUGGGGCGUCUAGGGGGUGGCACAGAUACCCAUUGUAAGCCCUGCAUCCAAGACAGGAUUCUCAUUUGUUCUAUGUGUGGAUCAUCCUGUACUCCUGAAACGUUACACAGGUUAAUUAAAACUCAUUUCACUUAAGACCACUCUGUGAUCCGGCAUAUUGUCCUUGUUUUUCCUGUCAACAUCCAUAUGCUAUAUAUUGAGCUAAUAUGAUAUCUAUUACAUAGCACCCUAAAUAGAAGCACAAAUGCAGUAUUCUUUUUUCUUUGGCAUCAGUUUUGUUGCUCUUUACCUUAGAUGUUGCCCUUUUCUGGGCACAAGUGUUUAUUUGGUCUUCAUUUGGCAUUCUGUCCAACUCAGUUAGAUCAUAGCUGUCCACUUUUCCCUUUUCUUGCAAGGAAUCCUAUUCUGAAUAAGGGAAUUUCCCUUUAAUAAGGGAAACGUUGACAGCUAUGAGUUAGAUGCUGGGGUGCUGUCUCAAAUGCUGCAAGCCAAGGAUCUCCGUUUUAGCCUUUAAUUCAUGGGGCAGCCCAGAACUUCCAUACCCACUGCUCAGGCUUGCAUCCUGGAGAGGUCUCUUCAGGGCUGCUAACACAGCGAAAACAACUCAGGAGGCUGCAGUUGCGAGUUUCCGGGCAUUUUCACAGUGACUCUAAGAACAUCUUUAAUAUCUAUCUAAUGCACAAGUAGAGAACUUGGUCCCUCCAAAUGCUGUUGGACUAGAGCUCUCACCAUUUCUGACCAUUAGAUAUGCUAGUUGGACUCCAAUGAUACUUGAAGGCCACAGGUUCCCCUUGCCCUGGUCUGAGGUAUCACUUCUCUGUACUUUAAAACAAUCAGGGAAGCAUAAGAGGCUUACGUAUUUACAUAUAAAUGUAGCAAUUUGUUUUAAUAGAACAGGAAAUUCAGUUAGUAUUUGUCUUAACAUUUUGAUGACUUGUAGGAUUGCAUGACAUAGCUUGUUAUGUAUUUAUAACUUCCCUAUUAACUUAAACCAUUCAUGGAUUUCAUUCUAUAAAUACUCUCUCUCUCUCUCUUUUUUUACUUUAGCACAGGAAAAUCAAAGAGGGUGAUUUUAAACAAUCCAGUGUUUUAUAAAGGGAGUAAUCUUAAAUCACUCUUCUAUGAAAAUUUAGGAAGUCCCAGGCUUAGCAGGGAGGUAAUUCUAAAGCAAUUAAUGACGUAUUUGAGUACUUAGAUAGAGUUGCAGAGAAUUCAAUAGCAUGUGUUGUAACUGAACUGUGGCCCUGAGUCUUUAAGAGAGAAAAAAACUAGUAAGAUAACGCUAAGUUACUUUGUCAGAAAAGCAUCCCUCAGGGCAGCACUUUCAAAAGUGGCUUUUACUGUUUGAAGUUACUGGCCUAUAUCACACAGAGCCCCAGCUGUUUGUGUGCAUGUUGAGAAGUGUGCUCUGAAUGUCGGUACUCAUUGCGGUUUGUGGGCCACAUCUAAAAAGUACAAUGCAUGCCUCAAGCUGAGGCCCAAAGAGGUAUUGAGGUAAGCUCUGGCUUAUAACCCCCUCCCCCGCAGGAUUCUCGCUGUUGCUGUUGUUGGUGUUUUUCCCUUUCCUUGCAACAGCAAACCCUCAUGCUACCUCAAAAACUGUUUAUGAACUGUUUAUGAAACCUCUUCUCUGCUUCAGAAACAGCAUCCCAUGCGGUAGGCCCAACCAAAAUUCCUCAAGUAAAAUAAUAGGGAAGUAAUGUGGUGCAUUUUGAAUCAAAUAAUACCUCAAAGCCACUGGGCUUCAUUUCUUCACAGAGUUGUGUGAAAUCAGAUUGCUGUCUACUUGGUGAUGGUGGUGUUUUAGAUGUUGUGUUUAAUGAUAUUUUGGGUUAGAAUAUAGCCUUUGUCCCAUUUAAAGGACCUGGUCACUCAUCUCCUCUGGGAAUAAAGAGGUGUCUGUUCCACUUUGCUCUCCAUUUUUCUAGGGGUCCUUUGUUUUUCCUCCCCUUAGAAACAAGGGGAUGUUACACUACAAUCUGUGUUUUGGGAGUACCUGAAACUGUAGCAUUGUUGAUGCUAGUUGGGCUCAGUGCCUGGGUGGUAAAUAUAAAGAGCUCCAUGCAGUUGUGACUGGUGGUCAGACUGCAGAAGGCAGGGAGAUCCAACAGUAGGCAAAGUCUACUUUCCCUGGACUGAUUAUAAGUAAGAAUGCAAGUGGAGGGGCAGGGCAGGCUGAGGCUGGUUGAGGCAGUGUGCCAUUUGCCCUAAUAUACCAAACCUCUACUGGCUCCAUGUAAACCCCAAGGUUGACCUCCUGUACAUGGAAGCACCACGUAUAAGAUUGCACUGCAAACUGUCCAAAUGUUGAUUCAGGUAGAGGUACAAUAAAGAAACCGGAAGUUAAGCUCGGAAUACCUUCUCAGGUAGCAUCCUGAUCCUUUUAUAAAGCCAAUACUGCUUACUACAGUUUCAGAUAAACCCAUGUGGCAAUCAGGGGUACUAUUAAGUUGGUUUAACACUUAUGCUCCAUUUGGUUCCAGGUAUUCGCCCGCAAAUAAUGAAUGGCCCUAUGCAUCCUCGUCCAUUGGUGGCUUUACUAGAUGGAAGGGAUUGUACAGUGGAGAUGCCAAUUUUGAAGGACUUGGCUACUGUUGCAUUCUGUGAUGCGCAAUCAACUCAGGAAAUCCACGAAAAGGUAAAAAAAAGGUUUUGUAGACCGACCUAAUGAGGGAGAGUAUGGCUGUCUAGUUUUGAAUCCAUUUCAAGUUCAGUUCCCCUUACCUGUACACUGCUUUAUAGAGUAAAAAUGACUAAAUUUUGUAAUAAAGCAGUUUUGGAUUACAAGAGGUGUCUUGGAGACCGAAUUUGUAAUUGUGUGUGUUUGUUGGUUUACUCUGUCUUUUCCUCUUUGUAUUGCUGUUGCUCUUUUGAUUAACAGAACUAACAGUGGAUACACCUGAAAUGUGAAUUCCUGAGCUAAAGUUUCUUUGAUGGCACCUGUCUUGGAUUUUAUGACCAUGUUGGUUGCUUAGGCAAAAUCAAUCUCUUGGAUUCAAAAAUUGACUGAUCUUGUUAGAUAGGCUUUAAAAUAGGUGGGUAAGAGGGGAAAAGGUUAAUGUAAACAAUCUGCCUGGUCCAGGUGCUGUGUUCGUUGUGUUCAGUGUACUUGCAAACAGUGUGUGUUCAUGAAGAACAGAUUUAGCUAUUCUGCCCCGAUUGAUUUUCUUAAAUGAUACAAAAUCAAUAGGCGAAAGCAAAGGAAUUAAUGUAUAAAAGAUCAAACAUACUUGGAUUUCAUGUAAACAUUAGAUAACUGUCUUUCAGUAACCUUUUGAACCUGGAUUGGCUAGGGACCCCAUGAGGUAGAGCGGGUAAAUGACUGAAGUAAUAGAAAUGAAGCCUUGUCAAAAGUGUCAAAAUAUGCAGCUUGAAAAGGCAAGCUAAGGUCCAAACUAGAUACUAUAUGUACGCACAUGGAUCCUUCUUCAAACAGUCCCUUUUAAACUAGCUUUGGGAGAGGGAGAUUAGGAACAGAAAAGCAACGCACUAGGGUUGUCCCCCCCCAAAAAAAACACUGGUCCCCUGCUAGUCCUCUCCUCCUCACAGAUUUCCACAUGUGUGUGUGUGCUUUUGGUUUUAAAAGGGGGGAGUAUCAGCAGAACAUUUUUAAUUUUUGUGUGUGAAACAUCUUGUUUGGCCUUAAGGUAGCAACAAUGUCAUCCUGAAUAUAUUUGGGAACAGCGCUUCCUUUAGGUUUUUAAUUCAAGGACAUCCACAGCUUCUCUGCUUACUCUGUAAGUUACACAAGUUACUCUGCUUCAUUGCUAAUUGUACUCUAUAUGUGAAGUUUCUAUUACAUCUUUGUAUUAUAUUUUUGUUUGCAGUGUUUUUGUUUUAUCUUUUCAGGGAAUAUUUUGUUUUCCUUUAUUGUAUUUUUGUUUUUAGCCUUUAUCUGAAAUGUUUUAUUUUGAGAUUUUGUGUGGAGUGUAUGAGGUGCCAUGGGAGAGGCAGUAUCUGUUGGGGGACACAUCAUGCUCCUUUUCUGCCAGAAGUCUUCCCCCUGCACUGAGCUCUUGUCUGUGGCUCCUAGAAGCUGUUGGCUUGCAACAGUGGGCACACCCCAGAAAUGGCAUUGACUGGCCAGCUAAACCAGGUGAAGGUAGCCAAUGGAUCUCAAAACCCCUGCAUGCAAGGCGGAUUGAGCAGACGUGGGUCCAACUGUCAAAAAGACAGUUUCUGCACAUGCUGUAGAGGGAAAUGAGGGGCAGAUGGGAAAGCAGAUAUACUCACUUGUGAGAAAGGCUUUGGAAGUAAACCCUGAGGAGCAAUCCAUAUCCACUGCCUUACAGGACAUCUUCAGGGAGAAAAAGUUAAGGAUUAAACCCUACACAAAUUCGUAGUGGAGUCCCUAAGGUGAUUGGAUGGUGUCUUGAAUACCUCCUUCCAGCAACUCCUGCAGCCAAGCUGGUGCCAAAUGUGUUGCUUUCCUUUCCUUCGGACCACAUCAGUGUGGCCCAAAGGGGAGUCUUGUUAUCCGGGCAGCCCAAGACCUCCAGUUCACACUGCCAGGCUUGUGCCUUGUGAGAGGUUACUUUGGUGCUUCAGAUGCAGCAAAAUCCAUUUGACGUUUUAAGAUAGGUUGCAAAGUGCUUAGAAUUUUAAAAAUCUUUUUCGGAACUGCAAACUGGCAUAAAAAUCAUUUCAAUAAAUAAAUAGACUAACAAAAAAAAAAAAAGGUUGCAGAAUGCCACUUACAGCCUGUUUAGAUCAUUACGAUGUGGUGGAUCCUUACCUCGACUUGUAAAAGCUGUUUCUAUUUCCUGUAUUAGUAGUUUUACUGAGCACAUAAUAUAAAACCUGUAGAAUUUGGCAUUCACUUCUCAAAAGAUAAUAUCAAAUUGUGUCCAUCCAUGAGUGGAUGACUUCUGCUCAUGCAAUGGGACUUGCCUUCCUCUCACCCCCCUUGCAGCCUUCAUAUCCCCCAGAAAUCUGAUUCAGAAGGAGUCUCAACCCUCUUGAGCAGUUUUGGAACGUGUGUGGGAUGCUAUAGGAGAGAAAAGAGGCAGGGAGUUCCUGCUGCAGGAACCAAAAUCUGUUCACGUGAUGUUGGAUAUCACCCCUUAUCUAUUUCUCAUUUUAUUGAGACAGGAAUACAUAUGUCUGAUUCAUAGAAUUGUAGAGUUGGAAGAGAUUCCAAGAGUCAUCUAGCCCAACCCCCCACAGUGCAGGAAUCUCCUGCACACAGUCCCCCAUCCAGUUGAAACCACACUGGGCCCUGCUUAGCUUUGCAAAUGUGCUCCAAGACUCCUGUUCCUCCUUCUUCUCCAUCUUCCUCUCUCCACUGGCCAAGAUUACUGGCUUUGGGAAUCCCCGUCAUCCUAGUCUUUCUUUCUUGUACUACUCUUUUCCUUCCCACAAGUAUACAUAAAUUUAUUUUUAUACCCCCUUUCCAUAGUUCAGACAUGCUCAAGGCAGCUUGCAACAUGAAGGAAAUUACAUAAUUACAAGCAUAACUAAAUUAGUUCUAAACAAUAAAUAAAACAUCAAAAGUAAACAACCAAAUUAAACAAUUUCCACAUAAACCGUAAGCUAUCAAAUAAAGAUACAAAAAUUAAUAUCAAUAGCAGUAACAACCCAUCCCCCUCAACAGAACUCCCUAAACAAUACCCCAGCCUGUUCAGCAGGCUCAGCUUUUGUAGUUGGAGUCAAUCAGGGCCCCACCCUCCCAGGUCAGGUGGAAAAGGCCUGAAAGGCAGGAAGCAGGUCUUCCAGGAUUCAAAAUUCUCUGAAAAAAAUGGAUCUUAGGAGUGUAAUGAACAAUUCUGUAUGAUAUCUUUGUUCCAGAACACUAUGUAUGUUUGUUUUGGAUUAUUUAUAAACCUCUAAACACUACAAAAUGCUGCAGUGGUGUACAAUAAAAAAUACAACAUAUCAAUGGAUAUCUUUGCACAAAGAAGGGUUGACCUGAAAAGUUGUUCACCCUGAAUGCCAUGUAGAAAGAGAUACUUCUGGGUGAGCAGAAGGCUUGAAACCUAAGUCUCCUAGAAAUGAAGAUAAAGGGGAGGAGGAGAGGGGAGAAUGACAAGAUCAGAAAUGACGGGGUGGAGGUGGCAGGCAAAUCCUUAGAAGGCUUACUGUCAUUCAUCGCUCAGUCUGUCCUUAUAAUGCUCCUGACCUAAGGAAUUAUCCCUUGGUAGGGCAGCCUUCAGUGCUAGUUUAAAUAAUCAGCAGUAAAUAGCCUGGUCAAUACAAAUGUAGAGCUGUAUCCAAGGUAUCUUAAGCAUGUUGCCUGUUCAAAGCUUUUUCUGUUUUCUGUUUUCAUGCUGUGUUUACACUGAGUACGGAAUAAUGAGGGUGAAUAUAACUUUACUCUUAGUGACUCUCUGGCAGACAGUAUAAAUCUGUGCAUUAGAGUGUAAAUCCCGUUGGGGCAUGUAGGGCCUUCUGAUCUGUAGUAUCCAGUCACAUGAGGCCAAUUGGAUGUCAGAGGCUGUUGUUUUAUCUCUUUCUCCUCCCCCUCUUAACCACUGUCUGGAAACUUCGUAUUUCCUUUAUCAUACUUCCCUUUAAAAUUAGAUUAUAACCAUCUCCCAAAUACAAAUCCUGCCUUCUCUUUUCUCAGUUUUCAUCAGCUCGUGUUAUUGUCAUAGUAGCUCAUCCACUAGGCACUGAGAGAGCACAUUUGUGGCUUGGUGGUGGCUUUUGCUCAGCUUAUGGAAGAGCCCAACUCAGCAUUCAGUAUACUAGCAACCAGCUGGGAAUGAAAUGAUCUGGAUUUUGGUUGAAUACAAUACCAUUCAGGAGGACAGUUCAUGGCAUCUGGUUUAUAAUAAAACGCUGAAAUAUAUAUGUCAGGGCUGCCUCAAGUCUCAGCUCACAAAAGACCAACGCCUGUGUCUUCUUAUAUACAAAAGUGUUUAUUGCAGUUCAUUGUUUGCUUGACAUCCUAGGCGCGCAGCCCUACGUCUGCUACGCUUAGACCGCUGAAGUCCCCUCUGAAUCCGUCCCUCCCCUGCACCAAUUUAAGAGGCUUGCGCUGCUCCACCUCUUUCUCUCUUUCCUUUUCCGCAGGGUCCUUCUGCCCGCUGGGGUUUCGCCCCUCCUGGAUUCCUCUGACGCGGAAUCAGACUGCUCUUCCCCCCUCCUGCGGGCUUUGGGACCUGGCCCCUCCUCCGGGCUCCCUGUACUUCCGCGCGCCUCUACAUUUGAACUUGGCGCGCGCGCCAAACCUCUAACUUUCCUUUUGACAGUUACACUACUCCCUUCACUGCUCCCCUCCCCUUCCGGGAGGGUGGCUUGCUCUGACCUCCCUCCCUUCUCUGCUGCCGGAGCUGCUUCCCCUGAUACACUGGAAACUCCACCCCCUUCGCUGCACUCUGGUGGGGAGGCUGGUCCUGACGCCCAGCUGCCACUUUGGGAUCCUCCGCUGGCCCCCUGCUCCUGACACGUCCCCCCUGGGGCUCCUGGCCUUGACCACCGGCGCCCCUUCUGGGAAUCCUCUGAUUCGCUGGAAAGACUCAUGGAAUCUCUUGAGUCAUUGUCAUCCUCUUCCUCGCUGGCUUGGGAUUCAUCCCCAUCGCUCUCCAUCUCCUGCCUACCCUGUGCCUCUCUCCCUGAACCCCUGACAAUAUAGAACUGCAGUUAAUAUAAAGUGACACAUAUUACCUCAAUAUUCAGGAGUGCUCAGUAACAAAUAUCUAGCUAACAUAGGCUAGAAGCAGAUGACCAACUAUCAAGUGGAUUUUUCAAUUUUCUCUUUUUUAAAAAGUGUAGGGGUAUUUCACCACCCCUUGCAUCAGUGAAGAUUGGUAGUGUGUGAUAAAAAUUACCUCUAUCAAGCGCCUUUCUUUCAUUAACUACAUUGUAUGAUGGUCAUGUGUAUUAAUCCAGAAGUUCUGCUGUAUUUGAGUUGUAUCCAACUAAGUUAUACGCAGAUUGGACCCAUUGAAAUUAAUUGACCUAAGUUGGUCAUGUGUAUUAUUUUAAUUUGGUCUACUUUGAUUAGGACUAGCAUUGGAUGCAACUCUCUGUCAGUAAGUACCAUAGACAAGCAGGGCAGCCUCAUGGGCUGCAGAAUUCUAGUCAACUAGUGAGUAUCCAAAGUGAGAAGUAUUUUGUGAUCUAGCUUAUGUCCAGAACAGUUUCAUCUUUGUCUCCCGCAUGUUCAGUUCAGAGCCCGUAUAUGUAGGGUGCAUUCUGGGGGCUAGAGAAAGGGACUGCAAAUGCCUCCAGGAAGUCCCAUAUUUACUUGAUCUAGGGGGGAAAUCAGUCCUUUCAUCACCCAGUAAUAUAUAUUUGUGGAUUUUCUGAUAUCCUAAGGGAUAGUGUAGAGGCUAAAAUAAACUUCCAGCUGAGAAAGAGAACAGGAGGUAGUUAGUGAUGGGUUGAGCUGGGGGGCCAGUUGCACUGACCGUUUGGAGAAGUCACACUUCCUUUUCUACCAUUUAAAUUACUGUUGUUGAAAGAGAAGUAGCCUACAUCACAGGGAUUUGAGAGUGUUUAGAUAUGCAAAGAUCUAGAUAUUGUUGAGUAUUAUUUUGAUUGAGUAUUAUCAUGGGACUACAUGGGGGCAUGUAGUACACUCAAUACAAUCCAGGAUCUAAUGCAAAAUAUUUCUAGAACUGAAAGAUUAUCCAGAGACAGAGGCAUUCAGAGGGAAGCAGUGAUGUAUUUCUAUUUUUGACACCAGACAAAAGAGCACAAAGCACACGCAGAUUCUCACUGCUUAUGAUUCUAGUUUGGGCAGUGGCCCUAUUCCACCUAAGUUCUUCCAGAGUUUAAGCCUCUUGACCUCAAAUGAAGACUGAUCCUUUGGGGCAAAAUUUCAUACAUACAUACUUGCACACAUGUACACACACAUAGUGAGAGCUACACACAUUUAUUCUGGAGUUCUUUAGGGUUUUCAUUAUUACUUGGGAGUCUUUAACCACUUAAUCAGAUUGAACCAAGUGCCUUGCUAGAUAUUUGUGCAUGACUCAUCACCGGACUUCAACAGCUGUUACCGGAACACGUCCAUCUGCUUCACUAAUGUCUAUUAUUUCCUUCUUUUUUGUGUGUGUCUGUUAGGUUUUAAAUGAAGCCAUUGGAGCAAUGAUGUACCACACUAUCACUCUCACCCGGGAAGACCUAGAGAAGUUCAAGGCCUUACGAGUCAUUGUUCGAAUAGGCAGCGGUUAUGACAACAUAGACAUCAAAGCUGCAGGGGAACUUGGUAUGUUUUAGACGUAACUUCAGUGCCUCCUCCUUAACUAAGUUUUUGGUUUUCGUUCUAAGUAGAACAAAUUACUUGAUUGUCUCAUAAUCAUGUUUACAGCAGGUUUCUGGUUGGAGUGACUUUGAUUCCAUCCCUGCAUACGACAAAGCAGCUCUGUUUUGCUUGCUGUGAUGCAGCUGCUUCAAAGACCAUAUGGGAACUCCAGUGCAGAUAGCACAGUUUCAUUGCAGCUAAAGGGCUUCCACAUUCUCAACUGUAAAUGGAAUAAAACAUUGUGUAAUGUUCUGAUGGGACAUGAAGCUCCACUGGCAGAGAGAUGGUCCAUAGAUUACUAUGGCGUGGGUUACUUUGCCUCCUCCUUUCUGGUGGCUGCUGCCUGUUGCAUACAUGGAUAGCCUGCCAGCACAGAUACAAUACCAUAGAGCAACAUCCAUGUCCAUGCAAGCAUUUGAUUAGACACUAAUGCUCCAGAUCAACAGUUGGCAGGUUUCUUUAAAAAAAACAUUGUUUAACGGAAUGGCCUGGCAUGUAGACAAUAGUCCCCUUGGUUUUAAAUCUCUUAGCAAUGAAGUCUCUUUUUGCCUGACAACAAACAUAGGCAACUAAUUAUGUUAUCCUUAACUAGAUUUAAGAAUUAUAACAUAUUGGCCAUUUCUGUGUGCUACUAAAAUGCUAGUGAGCUGUUUGCAAGCAGCACCGUUAAUUGUUUUAUCACUAAUGAGUGCCACUGCAUUAGCAUAUAAAAUAAAAUUGAUCUUUAUAGGGUGCCAGCUGUAUAUGUUUGUCGAUAGGGUGUCAUUAAAGUGAUUAAUUGCUAUGGAGUACUCCAUUGUAAAUCUUAAUAAAACUAAAGAAACACACAUUCUCUGCAGCAGGCAUUCUAAACAAGACACUUUGCUGGAUCAUCUACAGGGGUUUUUUUUCUUAUUAAAAAAAAUCCCUAACCUGCCUGAGAGCUCUUUGCUGUUUUACUUACAGCAUGACUUUGCUGUCAGAGAUUUGUAGACUGAGAAGCUUCUCAUGGUUUGUUUUUUUUUUUUAAGUAAUCAAGGGCUGCCAUGUACAUUUUGAAAUUUUCCUUCUGAUGAUUCUUUCCCUGUCUCCAGUCCACUGCUGUUCUAUGCAUAUAGUGAAUGAAUGAAAUAAUGGAAAAAAAGAAAGAGAAUAUAAUCAGAUGUAAUUCUAACUGCUUUAAUUGUGUGUGUGUGAACCCUACAUCUAUAUAUUUACAAUAUCCAUUGGGAAGAUUUUUAGUCCAGUGAAGAGCCACCACUGGCAUUCUUGCUUAAAAGACCUCAGGUAGUUGGCUUGUAAAGACUCCGUCGGAAUUGGCACAAGUGAUCUAGGUAGAAUAUUGGUCCAGCUCAUUAUUAGCUCUUUAUCUUUGUCCUAUAGCAGUGUAACAUUUAAAACAGGAAAACCACUGACAGCAGAGAGAAAAAUGCCUACUGGCACCUGAGGCUUUGGGGCCUUGUCGACAUUUAGGUCUUAAUGUAUGCAUUGCAAUUCCAUCUUGUUUUUUCUCCUUAUUUUGGUACAUUGCCCAUGGCAAACUUUUGGUGGCUAUUAAAAGUUAUACAUUUACUUGAGUGCUUUGCAUCUUUUUCCAUACCACUUCCAGCUGCCCUCAUCUGUAGCAUGAAGUGAGCUACUUCUGCCACUUUUCCUGUGAAUAUUUGCCCAGGCUGAUUUAAGGGGGAAAUACUGUUAUAGGGAAGCACCAAACUACAGUGGGAAGUGCAACUGUGCACUGUAGUCAAGUGUAGACAUUAGAGCAGGCAUAUGCAAACUUGGCUCUCCAAAUGUUUUGGGACUUCAACUCCCAUCAUCCCUAGCUAACAGGACCAGUGGUCAGGGAUGAUGGGAGUUGUAGUCCCAAAACAUCUGGAGGGCAGAGUUUGCCUAUGCCUGCAUUAGAGUAUCAAGCAAGGGAUGGGUUCAAGACACUCCAGAGCCAUGAAGCUCACCAGCUGACCUCCCCCAGCAAGCAAUAUGUGCAUAUUAUUCAGUGUUUCAUACACAUCAUGUUUGGCGAUCGCUUUCAGGCCCCUGAAUAGCUCUUUAAUGCUAUUUUUAAAAUUGUAUAUUGAUAAAAGGACUGAGAAACGGGAUCAAGUUGAGUUUUGUUUUUAAAGUACUUUGGACAGAUGGAGGAAAGUAUGCUAAUGCCAUAAUUCCUGGUGCGAUGGGGACAUAAUUCUGCAGGCCUGGAAAAGGAGCAAAUUGUGCUGAACUUUUCAUUCUCUGGAAUCCUGGCAGGAGUCAGUCCUGUGCUGAGUGAACAUUGUUAAUGCUUUGCCAAAGCUGCUUACACUACUUAACCCUAGUAUCUCACCUUGCAUGUCUAGGCAUUACCUUGGGUAGCAGCUCCAUCCCAUGAAGGCGAAUAAUCUUCCUGCAUGUAGAAGGGGCAGGAAAAGCCAUAUUACUUAGCAGCCUCAUUUGAAAUCUUCAGGAAAGGAUGACUUAAAAAGAGUAAGGAGUGUUAGGACUGAGACAGGGAUGGGGAACUUGUGGCCCUCCAUAUGACCACAGUUCCCAUUUUCCCUGACCAUUGGUCAUGAUGGGUUGGACUGGUGGGAGUCGGACUCCCACCAGCAUCUGAGAGUCACUGGUCUAAGAGCUUCCACAAAACAGCAUUUAAUUUUAAACCCUAGUUGGUUUGAAAUCAGCCCCAUAUGGUGAUAUUGUGUGGAAUCAGCUCAGUUUUGAUUUAUUGCUCUGUGAAUUCCAUUCCAGACAUCCACAGGAAGGUUGGAAAUAGUUGACAAUAUCUGAAUUUCGCCCUGAAUUUUUCAUAAAUUUGUUCUUUGUCAUAGUAGCCUUGUUUGGGGGGUGGGGUGAAACAAGUUUAAAAGGGCCUGUCCUUAGCCAUGGUUUUCAUACUGUGGUGCUGGUGCAGUCUACUAAAAUUUUCAUACAACAUUUCCCCUUUCCUUUGAGUUUUAUUCAUGAGUUAGAUGCACCAUAACUUAGAUGCGCUGUACGAAGGUCAUAAGGGCCAUCAGCUUCAAAGCUGGUACAAACGGCCAGAACAGGCAUAUGGUAACGGAUUCUCAGGACUCUAAGAAUGCCACUGGAAGGGUUGUUCGCUUUAGGCUGUAGCUCAAUGGCAGGGCAUGUGUUCUGCAUACUGAAGGCCCCAGGUUCAAUUCCUGGUGUCUGCAGUUGAAAGGAUCAGGGAGCAGGUGAGAAAAAACACCCUUCUUUUCCAAAGAGCUGCUGCCAGUUGGAGUCAACAGCAUGGGGCUAGGGGAACCUGGUAUAAGACAACUUCCUAUGUUCCUUGGCCUGGUUCCAAGCAGAAGGAGGCUGGCUUAGAACCUACCAUGUCUUUCUAUGCUCAGGGACUUCAGCACCACCAUAGAAGAGCCUUCUGGAUCAGGCUAAGGGACCAUCUAGUCCUGCAUCCUGCUUUCACAGUGGCCACCCAAAUGCCUGUGGGAAACACUGGAGCAGGACCUGAGCACAAGAGCACUCCCCCUCUGUGGUUUCCAGCAGCUGCUCUUAGGAAGCAUUGCUGCCUCCAACCGUGAAGGUCGGGGAUAGCUCUCGUGGCUAGGAGCCAUUAGUAGCUCUUUGUUCUCAUGCAGCAUGCAACAUGGGUCUGGAUUCAAGCCUUCCGAUAUUACGCAUUAUGAAUUGUUCCAAGAGAACAUAGAGAACCUAGUUAACUCGGAACACCAUGCAGGUAGCCUUCAAAGUAUUUUUAAAGUUUGCACUAGUGUGAAACCUUGAGAUUUCCUGGCCACAGUCUUGAUCACUAAAACGUAGGUUUCUGCCCCAUUCACCAGGAAUUGCUGUUUGCAACAUCCCCUCAGCUGCAGUAGAAGAGACGGCAGACUCCACGAUGUGCCAUGUCCUGAAUCUCUACAGACGGAACACUUGGCUCUACCAGGCGCUGAGGGAAGGAACCAGAGUGCAGAGUGUGGAGCAGAUUCGGGAGGUGGCUUCUGGAGCAGCUCGUAUUAGAGGCGAAACCCUCGGCCUAAUUGGAUUUGGUAUGUUUAUUCAAAAUGGGUCACAUUUCUUUCACUAAAACAACAGGGGGUUGGGCUUUACAAGGAGAUCUGCAUGGAUUCUGACAUCGUGCUUUGCAACUGCAACAUUUGCUUGAGGAAGCUGCAGCCUUGCACAGUGUGUGUUGAAGGAGGAGGCGGGUAUUUAAAAUCCCCGGCUGUUUUUCUCUCGCCAGAGAAAAAUAUCAUUUAUGCAGUUUGCAGAAUUCAGCUAAAACAUCUGCUUGCUUUUAGCACACAGUCCACAGAAGCCCUGCUUGUGAGGGGCUCAGAGCUCCUGAGUUUAACUGUUCCAGUACAAUGCAAAACAAGGAGCAAAGACUCAUGAGCCGAUGAGACUAGAGAUGCUCAGUUGCAAACCAGCUUAUGCUCUGUGAGCUAUGGUCACUCUCCAGUAGUUGCUGUUGAGAGACUCAGUACUCUUUUGGUUCACCCCACCUCCGUGAACACUCAGUAUAAAUUUGGCAAAUUAAUAGGCAUUUGUGCAUAUUUUUCUCCAACUUCUUCUACACCAGGUCCCGAGUUGUACAUUUGUGCAGUGUCCUUUAAUGAGUAAUUGCAAUCAAAGAUAGGUGUACUUCUUCCAUUCCAUCUGUUCAGAAAUAUGGCAGUCAAGAAAGGGGAGAGAGAAAAAACCAUCCUAGCAGAAUCCACAUUAUUUUAUUCCAUUCACCUACUUUUCGACAUGAAGGCAUGAUUACGUCUGGUUCUUUGGCUUUCUCUCCAUUUUCUGAAAAGAAGACUCCUAUCUUGAUGUAGAAGUCGGUUAGUUGAGCCCAGGCGGUGACAUUGAAUUGGAAUGACAUUGUGGAUAAUGACCUGCUGAUUGCACUGCAGCUGUCCCUCUUUAUCAGAAGAGCCUUAUUAAACCUUUGCUUCCAAACCAUGACAGUUGUCUUAGUCAUGCCCAAUUAAAUAGCCAUUCAGCAAGAGCGCAGAAGGAAAGGGGGGGGGAGGCUACAGCAAACAAGUUGCUCUUAUAAUAAAUAAGGCUCAGAGGGGUUUUGUUGUUGUUGUUGUUGUUGUUCUUCUACCAAAGAUGAUCAUAAUCAGAUUUCCUUAACAUGACUUCCUCUUUUAGGUCAGAGGCUUAAAUGUGGCUAGAACCCAGCACUUUAAUUACCACUGUGGGUGCGGAAGAUCUGCACUCUAAUACUUUUGAUAAGCUGUGUUACUUCUUUGCAGUGGACAUUUGUUCCUUGCCCUUCCAGUUUGAGAAUUUGGUAUUACACUAGUGUUGCAUUCCCUUUAUGGAUUCAUAUAGCAAUGUCUGUUCAUUUUAAUUGCAUCUGAAGUGCAUUGGCAAAUAGUUAAUGGACUUUUUAAAAAAAUAAUGCCGUAGCUGCUUGUAUUCUAAAGGCAGAUUCAAAUAAUGCCCUUAUACACGCUGCAUUACAUGGUUCAUGUUUGACCUUCAACUAAGUUGGCAGUAAGACUCUGUCCUAAGAAUCCAGCUCUUGGAGAAAGACAGAAAUCAUGAUGUUCUCUAAUACCCUCUUGCUCAUGUAAAAAUAUCAGUAUACCUGGAUGGGUUUCUAGUAUGUUGUCCCCUCUUUCCCCCAACCCAAUUUUGCAUUACAGUAAAUGAAAUUCCAGGUCAAUUGACAUGAGGCAAUUGUCAAGUGCUUAGGGCAAGGUGCCAGCAUUUAAAAAUAUAUAAUGAGUAACAGGUAAUGAGUAAUGGGGGUUUGCUGAUAAUAGCUAUCAUUUGUAUAUUCAUGGUAUGCAUUUGUGAAUUCUUGCAGUCUAAAAGAAGAGCUAUUGUCCAUAUCACCUUUAAAGGCAGAUCAGGACAGUAUUAUUACUAUGCCACUGGAACUUUGCACACCUUGUGACCCUAUGAACUAAACGUAGCCCACUGGCCACUGCAGAAACUUCCAUUUCUGUAGUGCCAGAAAAAAGUAAGCCAAUAAGACCAUAAAAAGUCAAAAUCAUUGAAAUGACAGGACAGUGCAGGUAGGCUUUCUGUUCUUAGCAUUCACCGGGAGUUAUUUUCUUGGUUAUAGAGCAUUUCAGUGCUGGUCAGGGAGGUGAAUGAUACCUGGGCCCCUCAAUUUAAUUUUAAAUUAAAUUAAAAAUGUACCACAAAUAUAAAGCUGCUACAGUUUGGCCAUGUUGCAAACUUGCUGCCUAUUUAUGAAGCCUGCUGGUAUGGUAGCCCAGCAUUGAUUGGGCAUGUGGCAGAUAGUAAGAUGCAUGAAGCGAGUGGUAAAACUUGCAAAGUGCCUCUCCUUGGCUCUGACCAGUGUGCUAGUAUCAUUUCCUCCCAUUUCUCAGGUGCUGCAUUUCAGCAGCACUAACACAGGGAUAUAACACAGGAGAGAAUCCGUGCAGCAUGACCACCUUUGCUGUGGUCAGAGAAAGCCUUUGGCAGCAAGUCAUGCCAAUUGGUACCAUUCAAUGCACCCGUUGGAAUUCAUGCAGCGAAUGCCAAGCCUAUUAUAACAACUCUCUGCCUUUUUCUUUUUUCUUUUGGCUUAGGUCGCACUGCGCAAGCAGUUGCAGUUCGAGCCAAGGCGUUUGGCUUCAAUGUGAUCUUUUAUGACCCAUACCUGCAGGAUGGCAUAGAAAGGUCCCUGGGAGUCCAGCGGGUCUACACACUCCAGGAUCUGCUGUACCAGAGCGACUGUGUCUCGUUACACUGUAACCUCAAUGAACAUAAUCACCACCUUAUCAAUGACUUUACGAUUAAGCAGGUAAUUCUGAAUGGAGGAGGAUCAUCUUGUUGGCUCCAACUGCGCUCUAGGAAUGUGUGGCUGCUGAGGUCUGGAAUUCCCGCUGGCACAGUGAUAAUGCCAAGCAGCUGCAAACAAUAAUCAUAUGCAUUUUUACCUUUGGGAUAGUUGAGAGUUAUAGCUAAUCUGCUCAUCUGUCUUUUGCACAUUAUAUAUGUUAAGUGAUGGAACUUAAGCAGGUUGGUUUAAUGCUUGCCAGUAAAUUACAGUUAGCAGCCUAACGUUGCAGAACGCAACACACCUACAAUACUUUUCGGUUUUUUUGCUCUAGUCAUUUGGUCUUGUUGGCGCAAGACUUGCUUACAUCAAUGGCUUAUUUGAAAUACAGUGGUACCUCGGGUUACAUACGCUUCAGGUUACAUACGCUUCAGGUUACAGACUCCGCUAACCCAGAAAUAUUACCUGGGUUAAGAACUUUGCUUCAGGAUGAGAACAGAAAUCGUGCUCUGGUGGCGCGGCAGCAGCGGGAGGCCCCAUUAGCUAAAGUGGUGCUUCAGGUUAAGAACAGUUUCAGGUUAAGAACGGACAUCCGGAACGAAUUAAGUACUUAACCCAAGGUACCACUGUAGUGCAUUUUGAGGAACUGGGCUGGAGUCUUUCAUCCAGGUUCUCAUCCUUGCUCUUUUGAAAUAACAACAUGAGACUCUUAAUCUCAGGGUUGUGGGUUUGAACCCCAUGUUGUAGGGGAAACUCCUGCAUUGCAGGGGGUUGGACUAGAUGGCCCAUGUGGUCCCUUCUGACUCUACAAUUCUAUGAUUCUGUGAGUCAUAAAGUAAUGCCCAGACUAGCCCAACACAAGCAGUUAGUUUCCCAGACAUGUUCAGGGCAAAGGUCACCUAGGUGACCAGAAAAACUGUGCAUUAAAUUCUGCCAGAGGAAAUCUCAGUCAGCAGUUGUUCUUUUGUUCCUAAUUCAGUCAUGAGUUCUAGAUUCCCGCCCCACCCCCCAAAAUGGCUGAUUUCUCCCCCAAAGGCUGAGGAAUCUGCUUCUGUCCUGCUGUUUUUAUCCUAUACUGCUGUGGUUCUGCAGCUAUCUUUAGUAUCACUAUUCCAUGCAAAAUGAACACAUGGAUAAGUAGCAAAUGGACUCUUAGCAUAAUGUUCAUUGUACAGCGUUUAAUAACCUAGGAAAGCACCUUGGACACAAAGUAUGUUGGUGCAAAAAUGUAAUGCUUCCAGAGUAGUAUAUUCUACUAUUUGGAUAUUUAUUUACCAUAGUGAAGAGUUCAGGAAAUCUGUAAGAAGUGCUUUUGAGGUUGAAAGAGAGGUCUCAGGUAGCAUUUACAAACUAGCAGCACAUAUGCAGUGCUCUCAUUCAAAAAUUUACACAGCAGGCUGUUAGGCCAAAACAGAUAAUUUUUUCCUAGUGCUAGUUUUAAUGGCCUCAUCCCCAGUAUUUUGCCUCUUAGACAUUGUCAUACCAGGGGCUCGUCUCAAGUGCAAUGGUUUGCCAUUGUGCCACUGAGCUCGUUCAGGACUUCAAAAGCCAAGACACUGGUGCUGGAAAGUGGUAAUAUACUUCCAUUCUAUUAAUCAAUUUCCAAAGUAUGUUAAUGAGUCAGUUGCGUUUGCUGGAGGAGGAGACCCUUUGCUCCAGAGGAAGAUGAAAAUGGUUGACAAAUUAUUGGGCAUUUUCCAUGAAGUAAAUUAUCUCUUUCCAGCAUCUGCUUGUAGCCUUGUCUGUUCCUUUGCUGCUAUCAGUAUUUGUGCUGACUCACAUACUCUCCAGCCUCAUGCAGACCCAGAAAUCAUCCCACUAUGACAGCAUUCUUUGCUAGGAUGAGAGAUCCUCCCCCCCCCCCAAAAAAAGUUCAUAGAAUCAGUUCAGUGGUGAAGAACCUAUGCCCCUCGAGGAAUAGUUGGAACCUAACUCCCAUCAGUCUCGGUCAGCAUAACCCAUGGUCAGAUGGGUGUUGCAAUCCAGCCAUAUCUUGAGGGCUGCUGCUUCCCCUCUCUUGCCCUACAGUAUGUGAGCAGAGGCCAGAGGAUGCUACACUGCGGGAGUAAGCCAGGGAAGUGGUGGCAAUGCUCUGCUUAUGUCCCACUGUUGGUAAUAGUAGUGCUUGAAUAGUCCUUUCUUUCUCCCUGGCUCCCUUCAGAUGAGGCAGGGAGCAUUUUUGGUAAACACAGCCCGUGGUGGUCUGGUGGAUGAAAAGGCCUUAACUCAAGCCCUGAAGGAAGGAAGGAUACGAGGGGCAGCACUGGAUGUGCAUGAAUCGGAACCAUUUAGGUAAGUCGAGAUCUCACUUGUAGCAUUUUGCACUUCUAUCUUGCAUGUUCUCGAAGGCUCAGUCUAGGCCGUUUCUGUCAUGUAAUAAUGUAUUCUAUUCAUGUAAUAAUGAACCAACAAGGUGCCUGUGGGAAGCCUGCAAGCAGGACCCAAGCACAGCGGUACUCCUAUGGCUUCCAGAAAGUGGCAUUCAGCGGCAUACUGCCUCCUAACACCAGAGGUAGAACAUAGCUGUUGUGGCCAGUUGCCACAGGUAGCUUUAUCCUGGUUAAAGAGAAGAGAGCUUAACUAUGAUCCUGGUUUCAAGUGACAUGCUAAGCUAGGGGUGAGGAAGGCUAGAUGUGGCUUUCUGGCCCUCUCUGUCAUUACCAGCUUAAAAUGCAGCCAGGCCAUUCUUUUUCUUAAUUUGGAUCAAAGCUGGUUUGGGGGAAAUGUGUCAAAAUGCAGAGUUUGAUAACAGGAUAGAUCUGGAUUGUGGCUAACAUCGUGUGUCCACUGCUUCCCAAACCAACAAUGGGAGCACACUGCAUGCAGAGUAAAUGGAGAGUGUGUUCAUAGCCUGAAUCAUCGUGCAGUGCAGAUGGUCUCCCCUCAAGCUGAACUUGUUUGUGGAUACCGCUGGAAGGAUCUAAGAGAAGCAAGUCUUGGAAUCAAGAGACAUGUGGGAAGCACUUAUUUUUAUGAAAUGGGCAGCCAGAUGGCGCACAGCAUGUGUAGCAAAAUGUGGAUGAGAGAUGUUUUACCAUAUAAAAAUCAACUUUAAAAGAAAAUGAGAAUGUGACUUGAGUUUGGUCAAUCAUCUGUCUGCUUAAAGACAAUAUAUGUACAUGCCUUUGCCCUCCUCCCCACCCUCAAUGCUGCCCCUUCUCUCCUGCCUUUGCAACAUCCAGGAAUUAAAGCCAGAAGUCUCUCAUUAACCAUACAUGGUGUUCUACUUCAGAUACUACGGUUUGGAGGUUUGGAACAAGCCAGGAUGUUAAAACAACUUAAAACUGAUUAUAAGAUCCUGGCAUCUUCUAAGACUGGUAGCUAUUGUUUUCUGGUUUGGGCAAAAUGGGAUUCUGUGGUUAGUAGGAGACUUCUGGGUUUAAUUACUGCACACUUAAAAGGGCUUGUGUGUGUAGACAAAAGGCUCAGAUGUACUCCGGUUAUUAAGCCAAGAAAGGAUUCUCAAAACGUGAUCAAUGUGUGUCAUUCUUCUAGCCUAAUUUUUCAGGUAUCUAGGAACAACAGUAAACAAUAGUGGAAGGGUGAUUGCCUCUGUUUAAAGGCAAUCACUAUACAUAUAUAGACAACCACUGUUAAUUUGGGAGCAUGCACCUUCUUGACUUUGACUUUAUGGAUUUGUAUUAAUCAUUUCAAUGAAUUUGUUGUUGUUUGCUUCAUUUGUAUGUUACUGUGUUUGUCUAGCAAUAUCUGGAUGUAGCGAUUGUGAUGCUUAUUGUUUCUUUUUAAUGCUUUCUGAUUGUUGUGAGCCACUUAGAGAUCAACAUUUGUUGUUGGAAAAGGAGAAUAGAAAUAUUAAAUCAAAUCAAAUGUUGGUGAACUUUAUUUUUUUACCUCAAUCUUUGUUUCUUGGGGGGUGUUUUCCUGUAGCUUUGCUCAAGGACCACUAAAAGAUGCUCCUAAUUUAAUUUGCACACCACACACUGCUUGGUACAGCGAACAGGCCUCACUGGAGAUGAGAGAAGCUGCCGCGACAGAGAUACGCCGAGCUAUCACAGGUACACCAACUUGCUUGCCCAUAAAAAGGUAAAGGACUCUGACAGUUAAGUCCAGUCGCAGAGGACUCUGGGGUUGUGGCGCUCAUCUUGCUUUACUGGCCGAGGGAGCCAGCAUUUGUCCGCAGACAGUUUUUCCAGGUCAUGUGGCCAGCAUGACUAAGCCGCUUCUGGUGCAACAGAACACUGAAACCAGAGCAGCACACGGAAACACCAUUUACCUUCCUGCUGGAGCGGUACCUAUUUAUCUACUUGCACUUUGACGUGCUUUCCAACUGCUAGGUUGGCAGGAGCAGGGACCGAGCAAAGGGAGCUCACCCCGUCGCGGGGAUUCGAACCGCCAACCUUCUGAUCGGCAAGCCCAAGAGGCUCAGUGGUUUAGACCACAAUAGGCCAGUUUAAAUGUUAUAGGUCCCAUGAAGUGCUUGCCUGUACUAGUGCUUUAUCUGGCACUACAGCAUGUGCAGGUGUGGUCCCCGCCAGUGUUGAUUGCACAUGUAUUUGCCAGUGCAUAGUUUAAAGAACCUCUGAACAUCACACCACCAUAUGUGGCACACCAGUCCUGGAAAGUGCAGACCUCUGCUUCCAUAGUCUGUGGAGAGGGGAGCAGUUGUGGUUAACACUUAAAUCACCUACAGUGUUAACGUGAUUCUAGCAACCUGUUUUAAAUCAUAUUUAAAUCUUCUACAUGCAUGCCUGUAUAUGUUCGUUCAGAAAGCUCAUUAAGCUGAAAAAUUCUAUCAGUUGUCAGCUGCAACAUCAGGAGCAAUUGCUACAUGAAAACCUGCAUUGAACCAAAGUGAUGUUGCCAUUAGGGGAUUCUAUGCCAGAACUCUCUUAGUUUGAGUGUCCCUUUCCCUUAACAUCACCCUAUUCCUGCACUGGACCUGCAAGUACUCCUUAGGGAGGCAUAGCCAUAAUAUUGUUACCUACAGUGGUACCUUGGGUUACAAACUUAAUUCGUCCUGGAGGUCCGUUCUUAACCCGAAACCAUUCUUAACCUGAGGCAUGCUUUUGCUAAUGGGGCCUCCCGCUGCCGCCAUGGCGCCAUUUCGGUUCUCAUCCUGGGGCAAAGUUCUCAACCUGAGGUACUACUUCUGGGUUAGUGGAGUUUGUAACCUGAAGUGUUUGUAACCCAAAGCAUUUGUAAUCCAAGGUACCGCUGUAUUUGGUUUGUUGUUAGAUAAGUAGUCAAGAUACUAAGCAUUUAUAGUUGUUCUGCUCUUCAAGGCAAAACCACAAGUGCGCUGAAUGGAGAUAUGGUAGCAAAUCAUGUUAAUGAUGGAGCAAACUCCUAAUAAAAGGAAUGUGGACUUUUAUCUAAGUAUUUUUCAGAAUAACUGAGAGUUUCACAUAAUCACUAGGGCUCCAGCAUCCAAUACAUGCCAAACGUGUAACAGGCAUUGCUAUAAGGUAAAGGUAAAGGUACCCCUGCCCGUACGGGCCAGUCGUGUCCAAAUCUAGGGUUGUGCGCCCAUCUCACUUAAGAGGCCGGGGGCCAGCGCUGUCCAGAGACACUUCCGGGUCACGUGGCCAGCGUGACGAAGCUGCUCUGGCGAGCCAGCACCAGCGCAGCACACGGAAACGCCGUUUACCUUCCCGCUAUAAAGCGGUACCUAUUUAUCUACUUGCACUUAAGGUGCUUUCGAACUGCUAGGUGGGCAGGAGCUGGGACCGAAAGACGGGAGCUCACCCCACCGCAGGGAUUCGAACCGCCGACCAUGCGAUCGGCAAGCCCUAGGCACUGAGGUUUUACCCACAGCGCCACCCACGUCCCCAGGCACUGCUAUAGCAUGCCUAAUUUUAUACUGUUUUAGGUGGCCUUCUGCAUCCUUUCCUGUGUCUAAUUGGGUCGAUUCCCUACCAUUACCCAAUGUGGAGUUGCUUUGGGGAGAAAUGCCAAUGGGGUAGAGAAAGUUACAAUAUCUUGGGCAGCUUUCAUUCAUUCUGGCGAGGUCUGCAGGAUGACCAGCAAACUGCUGUAACGGGGCUUGUAAAGUGACUUGGUGCAGGAAAGGGGUGGGAAAUUAUCCAGCCUUUCAAAGCACUUUUAUCUGGCCGCUGACCGUUGUAUCAGGGUGUGGCAAGGGGAAAGCACUGCAUAUUGUUUUACUCAUAAUCAAAUUGUACAGCAGUCCUUUCCCCCCUGAAUUUUGGUGGGAAGUAAAGAGCUGUGUGAGUUAGAACGAGUGGUGUGGAAAACCUCAACUUGGAUAUAGCUUGUUGCAUAUUAGUCGGGUUGAUUUGUACCUGACCCUGUUAUGAAUUUGAAUCGUUCCCUUCCUCAGGUCGGAUCCCUGAAAGCCUACGAAACUGCGUGAACAAGGAAUUCUUUGUCACAACAGCUCCUUGGUCAGUAAUAGAUCAGCAAGCGAUUCAUCCGGAGCUCAAUGGUGCCACAUACAGGUAAGAUAAAGAACUCUUUUUGGGGAAAAAGCACCAUACUUUGUAGUUCUCUACCCAAGAAUGGAGCUAGAGAAUGAGAUACACACAUCUUUGUAUAGGGCUCAGGUAGGGUAGCCCUUCAGCAAUAGUGUAUUCAGGUUUCCUCCACAGAAGGCGCUUCCUUUAUUCUGGGAAUACUAUUCAGAGAUAGCAUCUCCACAGGUAUCCUGCUGCACAGAGACCCCUUAAUAAUGCUACUAUAGAGUCACUUUGAGCUUCUCUGAAAGGCCUUUCUGCUGUUUCAGUCUUACUAACUCACCCACUAUUUACCUGACAAAAGGAGCUUCCAGAAGUCAGUUUCAGCAAACCAGCCAUUUAGUUGGGGGGUGGGGUGGGGAGGAAUAUAAUCAGUGUUCCUUAAGGACUUCAAAGAGUCUUUGCAGAGGUAGGCCACCAUUGUAAAUGAAUAAAUAUUGGUAUAUUGAUGCACUGUUCACCCAGCACAGGCUGAAAGAUGGAACAUUAAUUAACUGUAGGGCACCCCCCCCAUGUAAUGUUAAGGGGUAAUAUAUUACCUAAGUUUAAGUCUAGAAAAAGCAUGAGAGAUGCGGAAUGGUUACUAGGCAGGGGUGGGGUUUUUUGGCUGGUGGAAAUGCCAAUCAGUCCUUUUAGGGCACUUCCAGACGAUUGUUUCGUUCAGCAAUAAAUGUGCAGUUGUCAGUAGCUUGUUACAAGAUAAUUUAGACAUCCCUUGAGACAGUGAUUUUGUUGCAGGAAAAGCCCAAUUGGCUAGUGUCCAUGAUUUCACAAGCCCCCUCUGUUCAUGCACACGCCCUCCCUUGGAUGUUUAUGGUAGCCCUCAAGCACCAGACUAUUCGUGCAGCCUUCAAAAAGAGCAGUAAACAGGAGGCAAACCUCUGCAGAUGAAUUUGUUUCCCUCCAAGUUUUAAAUUUCCUGUGCAGAAGUUAUGGAAUUUCCCUGAUGGAUCCCAGUGGGGUUCAAUGGACCCCUUUUCUCUCCACCUCCCUUUAGCCAAAUAGAUAGUCCUCUAGGGCAGUUAUGAAAGUUUGUGCUCUCAGAUUUCCUCCAUGUGCACUAAAGGUAGGUAUGUGUAUAGGAUAUAAAAAGGGCUGUGAGUUUUUCUGGGAUCCCCACAUGCAUGGAUAGUGUGCCUAUAUGGAGAAGGAUCCCACUCAAGCAUAAUCUGACAUUUUGAAAGCCAGAUUUUUUGUUUCACUUAGGAGACAUAAUCUCAAGGGGCAGACAUAUUAUAGCAAGAACAAAAAUGAACUUUCACGAACUAGUCUCUCUCCAUCUUGUUUUCGGGUCAGAAGAGCUGGGCUUCUUAUUUAUCUCCUCCCCAUUUCAUUACAUACUGUGUAUACUAAUAUUUGCAUUUUGGGGGAGGGGGACUUACCUGUGUCCAGCACAGAACCUUCCUUCCAAGGUCUAAUCUAGUGACCUCUCCUAUACUCUUACAGCAUACCUUCAGAACAGCUUUUAUUCUUUUAACUUUGCCUCACAGGUACAUCUGGUCUUUUUUGUAAACUGUUAUCUACCAGCAUCUCUUCUUUUAUAGUGUUAUGUUUCUUCUGCACUUGUGUGAAAACCCACACAAUACUGCUCAUGAACAGAGUUUAAUACUGAGUUUCAGAAAGCAAGGGGCUAGGACUGGAAAGUAGGUAUGUGAUAUUAAGUAAAAUCUGAAAAACUAGACAGAGUCUAGAUAUCCAGUAUCUGUUGCCUUUUGCAACUCCUUGCUCUUUAGUGUGAUUAGCAGAAAUAAUGGAAGUAUACGUCAGCUUGUUUAUUGAACCUAUUUCAUGCAGACUACAGAAUUUAAAUUCAGUAUAUAUAUAUAUCAUCUGCAGUGUACAACCUUGCUUAUGAUGCAUGCUUCUAUUGCAAGAGGCUAAUCUUGUUAAUCCCACUCCUUGAACGGAGUUGUAUGUUAAAACUAAUUUGCAAUAUACCUUUCUUCCCUAAAUUUGUCCUGUAAAUUCACAGACUGAGAGCCAGACAAUGCAAGUUUGCUUCUGCUCACACAUGGGGGCUUUUCAGCUUCCCACCCUUCUGACAGCAGUCUGACUUGAGACUUGCAGAAUUAGCUGCUCUGCUUCAUCUUGCAGGAUUAACAGUGUGAUAACAUACCAGUUUUCUGCAAUUUUCCUUACGUAGGGUUUCAUUAUCAUGCAUAUUUCCCCAAAGCACAAUUUCUGUUCUAGUAUCCUAAAGCCCAAGUCCAACUUGUUUCAUUCUCUGUAUGCCAUACAUACUUUCUCUCUCUCUCUCUCUCUCUCUCUCUCUCUCUCUCUCUCUCUCUCUCUCUCUCUCUCACACACACACACACACACACACACACUUGCUCUCUCAGAGUGUGAAGCUCUUUCAUCUACACGGCCUGGUUAAUGUGUUUAACAGUAAUAAUGACACGUGCCACAUUGAUUUCUCUCAAUUUCCCCCCAAACACUUGUUCACACAAGGGACUUUCCACCAACUCUGUGACAGCUUUGGUUUUCUUCUUUGAAGAGCUGGCCGGUGUGCUAUUUCUCAGUAGUUUGGGGAGUCACCUCAUUUCCUUCAGCAGGUACCUCUUGCAUUCCAACAUGCUUUUGAAACUCAAAUCUAAAUGCCUCUUUGAGCUUCCAGAACUAGCUAUGCAAGUUAGACUGUUGUCUUGGGCUGAUUAUUACCUCAGCCCCUGGUGAUAUGGAUGGAGCAAUUGAUGAGCUGACUUCUGAAGGUCUAGACUGUAGCCCACUGUACAAAUAUAAGAGGUUUACAGCCAGACAGACACAAGUAAGAAGUGUUAUCAUAAUUUAAGGGCCCAUUCCAGCAAGCAAAAGCCCCAGAAGAGGUUGUUGAGAGGCUAGAGCCAGGCUGCCACAAGUCACAUUAUUGGGGUGGGGGCAUGAAACUAGUCCUGUACAGGCACCAUGUUCUCCUAUGUCAUUUUAGUGAAAGAGGAAACAUCAUUUUUUAAAACUGAAUGUAAUGUAUGUGUUUAGGAAAGGGAUGCUGUUAUCGAACUACUGACAUUAGAACAAUGUCACAUUCCAUUUAGGUUUUUCUUUUCAGCAUCUCCAUGAGCCAGUCCACCCUUCUGCUUUGUACUUCAAAGGAUUUUACAGGAAGAAAGAGAUGAUACCUAAUAGCCAAAAAACAUUUCAGUCGCCCUCUGUGGCACUCAAAUGAAUUAACAGCAAAGAAGCCACAGUCGUAUUUUGUGUUCCAAUAUGUUUGACAUCAAUAAAAGGGUGACAGGAAGAAGGGAUGGCAGCAGCGGAUUAUUCAUAUAAGGCUGGUCCCUCAGCUGCUGAAAUGUGCACUCUGCGGCUCUCUUUCAACACUGGAAUCAUUUUUUUGUCUCAUACUUCAAUGUGGGUAAAAGCAAUGUGAAAAAAGAAGAGUUUGAAGGUGAUAAUUUAUAUUAGCUUUGAUUCCCCCCUCCCACCCAAACAAAUACUGCUCUUACAAACAUACUUUGAAAACUUGACAGAUCUUGCAGUAAAAAAAGUACUUUCUCUUACCAUACCGGGAUAGCAGUGAUUUGGCAAUGAAUGAAAUUGACUGCAAGGUAUUUCCCCCCUCCCCCAUUACCCUUCUACUACCCCCACAGCCUGUUGUUCUAUGGAAUGCUUGCGUGUCUCCUUUUAACUAAGAAAUCACACUCUUCCUAGAUAUCCACCAGGCAUGGUGAGCGUUACACCAGGCGGGAUUCCGGCAGCUAUGGAAGGUAUUAUCCCCGGAGGGAUCCCUGUUACCCACAAUCUUCCGACAGUGGCGCAUCCUUCCCAAGCUCCAUCUCCUAAUCAGCCGUCCAAACAUGGGGACAACAGGGAACAUCCCAAUGAGCAAUAG